AUGAAACCAAAUAAUGGAGGGAGGAUAUGGCCAGUAAGUAAGGAGCGGCGGGUAGAACUUCCAAGGGCAGGGAAGGGUCUCCCAGGGAUGAUGGUGGAGGUGAGUAGGGGUGAUUGGGGGGAAUAGGACCUGGGAAAAUGGAUGAAAAAUAGGGAUGAGUUAUGCAGGAGGGAAUGACUCAUCUCCUCAAGGAAUAUAGAAAGAGCAGGCACCAGCUAGGAUGUAAGAGGCCAUCCUCUGUGGAGAGUGCAGGAGUGCAACAGCCACCCAAUAAAUAGUAAUGCUCUAUUUACAGGUACUAUAAUUGCAAGACGGUAAAAAAGCAGAUAUCUCUGCAGCACCAUCAUGCGCAUUCCACUGAGAGAGGGGUCCCACUCAAUGUACACUUAUAUGAGCGGGAGGCCCAUCUGCGAGAUGAUUUCCAUCCAGAGGCUGUUAUGGCUCUAAGUCAAUAAGUAGCUCCCUAUUAACAAAAAACAGUUUGAGAAAAUAUUUAAAGGGACACUCCAGGCAGCCCUUUUUACUCACCUCGUUCCAGCGCCGGGAGCCAUCGAGAAAAUGACAUAAUAGGCGGGUGCGAGCAGGGAGCAAUCAGACGCUUCCAUUCUCCCGUCUGAGUGGCGGCCACUGGAGGUAUUCCUAUCAAUCAAUGUAAACACUGUAUUUUCUCUGAAAAUACAGUGUUUACAUUAGAUUGCCUGCAGGGAGUUAUAGAUCUCACCUGAACAACUACAUUAAGCUGUAGUUGUUCAGGUGACUAUAGUGUCCUUUUAAGUUUCUCGAGCCAAUGGAGUUUUUAUGGUGUCAGCAGGACCCUGGUGCCAGCUUACCUCAAUGGAUUAACCAUUAAUGAAAGGUUUAAGCCCAAAGUGUUCAAUCCGGCACCAGUUAGCGCUGCCCAUCUCCUUUUCCUUCUGUCCAUUUCUUGAGUCAAGAAGACUUGUACAGUGGCUCCGCUGAUUGGUCAAUUAGUAGCUCCCCAUUCACAAAAUGGACUGAGAAAAAAAAUGGAGAUGUGCAGAGGUAACUGGCACUGGAGUCAACAUUUUGGGAAACUGUUUGUUAGAGAGUUUGCUAUAAAAAAAAAACGCAUUGCCUCUCUCCCCCUAAUAACGGCCAAGGACUGGGGAAUGCUAAGCAUGGCAUUAGGGUGGCAUGGCUGAUGAAUAAGCUUUGUGAUCUCCCCUUCAGUCAAGCUCCUUCUUUGGGCAAUGCUCCGGUAGUGACUGACAUGCAUAAUUUGAUCUUCCUUGUCUGCCGCAUUCCAUGGCCAUAUGCAUGAUGGCCUCAGGGAGUCAUCUGUGCCACAUGCAGUAACAAUCACUUCAAGUGAUUCACUUGAACUUGCCAGGAUGACAGCAGUCUUUUCAGAUCCUACAUCCCGAGCACCUCCUCAGAUCCUCAGCCCAACAUCUUAUGUCUCGCAAUAAAUAAUGUCUAAGCUCCAUUACAUGUGAGUCCCAAGUCCAUUACAUGUGAGUCCCAACACAGAUUGUAACAAUACUGAUACAUGGGGGGAGAGGUAAGACAGAUGGGUGCAUUACAUGAGAUCUAAAUUAAUUAAAAUACAAUAAACUAAAUAAAAGGUUGGCCCACCUAUGGCUACAUUAGGGCUUGCCUUGGAAACGUGGCACUUGCCAUAACUAAUACGUUUAGCAGUCUUUGCUCUAAUUGAUUUGAAACCAUCAGAGGUCAAAUUUAAAUAAAUUUCAAAUUUUAUGCCAACCUGUACAAAGACCGGUAUUCUUUUCAGUUCUGCUUUAAAUUUCUGACAAUUAAAACUAUAAUAAUUAAUCCUGUCGAAGGGGUAAGUUUUUAAUUCGAGUUUCCUUUGAAAUGUGAAAUAUCUUUAUUAGUGCUUCACAAUUCACAAUUUAUUAAAUACACUCCUGAUAAAUUACUGGUUGAGAAUAGGCAAGACAAAUGCUAUGCCUCAUGGAAAAAGGGGAAUAUUUACAUUUACGUCACAAAACAUCAGUUAAUAUUUGAUUCUGAUGUAGACUGUUAUAAAUACAUAAAUUUCAAUUUAUAUUGUUUCACCUUUGCUUGUAUUUGCACAUAGGGGUUUAUCAACUAAAUAUUUUUAUACGCAUACACAUUCCUUUACACUUUUUUAACAUCAGUCACAAAAAUUUGCUCAUUUCAUUUGACAGGGAAUAGUCAAGCUGGAUUGGGCAAGCAAGCAUUACAUUGCACAAAAGGAAUUAGCUUAUUGGUCAAGAUUCCUGUUAUCAUUCACAUAAUUUUCCCUCCCUCUUUCGUUUUGCUACUUUUCAGAAAUCCGAAUCACUUCGGACAUUUGUAAGCAUCUGAAUGUCCGAACGGCAUGAAAUUCAUAUGAAUGUACAUUUGGAGCGAACCAAACUGCACAUGUAUAUUAUAUAUUAGUUUUUAUUCAAUACAUUACCUCCUGUAGACUGUAAACUCGUUUGAGCAGGGUGCUCUUCAAUCUAUCAUUCCUGUAUGUUUUUUUGUAAUUGUAAUAUUUAUAGUUAAAUUCCCUCCCACUUCUAAUAUUGUAAAGCACUACGGAAUCUGUUGGCGGUAUAUAAAUGGCAAUGACAAUAAUAAUGCCAGUAUUUUAAGGCAUAAGGCACCUUAUUUGUACCUUUUGGGCGGCCCUGAAAUAGAGGGUGUCUUAUGGGGUCUUUGCGCCUUAUAAGGUUGCUGCUAACAAUUUAUUUGUUAUGAACACAUGCUUGAUAAAUUGCAUAUUAAGUUAAUUUAAUAUUUGUAACGUUAAUUAAUUACAUAUAGGGACCUCUACAGAAAAGAUAUAGAAAUUUUAGGUUUAUAAGAAACUCUCAGGGUUAUCCACUAAAAUGAGGAUUCGAAGUGAAUGUCGAAUUUAAGGACAAAAUAGGCGAACUGGAAAAAUUCUAUAAAUCGGCUACGCAUUCAGUUCGCUUGCUCUGGCCUUAAAUUUGAAAUUCACUUUUGAAUUUUCACCUUAGUGAAUAACCCUGUCCGUGACCCAAUACUUUCAAAACAUGUAUAAUGACAAGGCAGUUGGCCUCAGGGAACACAGCAAUUGACUGAGUCAAUUUAACCCUUUAACAUCCCUUCCUAGUAAUUAGCUCAGAAAGCUGUGUCAGAUAACAAGCUCCUGUGGGUAUAGGAUGCAGACAACUGAUGUGUAAACUCCCCAGUGAGAUUUAGCAAGACACAAAGUAACAGCCUCCCUCCCCUUUUUGUAUGUUACUGCUUGUAUUCAGAAACCAGAGACCCAUGCAAUGAGCUUCACGUCAACUCUCAAAGUCCAUGUGGGGAAGCCUCUACAGAGGGAUCCAGGAGGGGAGCAAUCCUGGGGUAUUAUUGAAAAUGGGUGUGAGAAGACUCAUCACAGUGGUAGGUACCCAGGGGCAGUAUUUACUAAGGAAAUGUUUAGCAUGUUUACCGUUUGCAGAUAGUGAAAAUAAAUGACUAUUUUCAGAUAAGAGAUUCCCAAAGACAAUUAAACUGAUUAUGGCUUAUUAUUUUUACAAGAUGGACUGACUAUUGACUUUUGAAAAAGGCUUAUGUGAUAAACAUCAGUUUUUGUUUUUUUGCUAACAGGAAGAUUACAUUGAGAGUUCUUUUUGUGUUCUGAUAUAUUUUUUUAAACUCAGUGGCACAAAGUGUGGUGUGUUUUUUUUAAUUUUAAGCUUCAUUAACCAUGUCAGGAUUUGAACCUGCAAACCAGAGGCUUCUUCCUUAUGUGCUAAUGAACUGAGACAGGUAUAUCUGAUUAUGAAGAUGCCUUAUACCAGUAGGGCUGUUAUUAAAGUAGUCAUGGUCACCUGUACUUUGUUACAUAGGGCUUUUAAAAUUGUACCCCCCUACCAUCUGUAACUAUGUAUGAAUAUCAUCUCUCUAAUUCCCAAGAAGAUGCUAAUAGACUGUAAGUAUAAAUGUCACCUAAAUUUUGUCAGCUUUUUUUAUUUUUUAUUUUUAGUAAUGUGUGAAUUACCAGGAAGUCACAGUGAAUUUUUUUUUUUAAUUUUUCUGCUGAAAUAGCCGAACUGGAAUCCUAUCUGAUUUGCAGAAUUAUUCCAGUUUAACUACUUUUACUCUUAAAUGUGAAAUUCACUUGGAAUUCUCACUUUUUUAAAUAACCCUGAUUAAGCUAUUUCACACAUGGUGUGUUUUUCAAAUAAAAUUUAAUAUGCAGUUAACUGCGUGCUUUUUCUGUUAGCAUGGCAAAACAAUAACAAAAGGAUGAUAUUGCUUGUUAAAGAAAUGCUGAUUCUAAAAUCAACUAACGUACAUUCUGUUACACACACCCAAGGUUAAUUACGAACAUGUGAUUGUCAGGAAUGCAAUGUCAAAUGAGAUUAUUCAAUGAAAACUGAAUUGCACAAAUAGCAGAUUUGGGGGGGGGGGAAUUCCCCAACACGGUUUUUGCCUAAAUAUUACAGUUCGAUUACAAUUUGAUGUUUCACGUAUAAACCCUAAAGUGAAUUUUACAUUUUAGUUAAAUAGCCUAAUUAGAAAAAUUCUUCACGUUCACUAUGUAUUUAAUUUCGCAAUAUUAGCCUAGCAUAUGACAUAGACUGACCAUUCCCGUUAUGUCACAUUUAACAAAUUCUUCACUAAAAUCCAUACUGUAAAAUGCCGUCUAAAACCGUUAAUUUAUAAAUAUUCUCCAACUUAGUCACAGUUUGUCUCUUUGUUGAAUUUUGCAGUCCAGAGUUCAGUUAAGAGAUUAAUGAAUAACCUUAAAAUUUAUUUUUUUGCCCAAUAGAAAGAUUUACAAAGAGUCACAGAUGAAACCCAUUAGACCCUAGCUGCUAAAAUGGGAGUUAUUUACUAAGUGGGUUUUGGUUUUUUUCUCACGCAUUCCAUUUAAGCUUUGCCAAAACUCCCAGGCAUUCUUGAACACGUCAUUUCCAUGUAAAGAUGGGCAGCCCCCCAAAAGUGUUGCCCUGUAGUAAUUAGAUUUCAGAUGUUACGGGAAGCAAAUCCAUUAAGGAGGAAUGCCAAGUGGCAGAGUUUGAUUAGGAUUGCUUUGUGCCCAAAGCAGGAUGCCAGAUUGAAGCUCUGUUCUGUGAAAGGGGGAGGCCAAGUGUCAUAUGUGUGGUGUCUGAGUAUAUGUGUUUGUUGGGAGGGUGAGUGUUGGCUGAGUACGAGAGUGUUGUGUGUGGAGGUGAGUCUUAAAGGGUUAUUCGCUAAGGUGAGAAUUUGAGUGAAUUUACAAAUGUCAAAAUAGCCAGGUUAGAAAAUGUAUUAUUUCUAAUUGUAGUUUGGUGGUUUUGAAAUUCACUUGUAUUCCCUGCAAUUUUCAUUCAAAGUAACACCACUAAUGUCAGGAAUACAAAUGUAUUCCUGACAUUAAAUUGUUUAACUGUUUAGAUGACCAGCCCGGCGGCCCCCACUCACUUUUCAUGGGAAAAGUGAACUUACUCAACUUUUUCUCACUCUGCGCCAGUCUUGUUACCACUGGUCCCAUUCAAAGCUGAAACGGCACUGGGAAGCUAUUGUACAUAUGCGGCAAUCCGCUGCGCUGUGCCAAAUGGCAUUUCCUAUGGAGGAGGCGCUGAUUACCAGUUCUGCACAGUGGGCUAGGAAGCACCUCUAGUGCGUUUUGUUUACCAGUGUGACUCCAUUCAGGAUUUAUUCAAGUAAUCAUAAGUUAACAUUUCUAUCAAACUAUGUAAAAACCUCCAAUCGGUUACAUGCUGCCAUAUGCACCACUUUAUUUGAAAGGCAUUUAACAAAAAUUCAGAAUUCAAAGCAAAUUUGAUACUAGUGUAGCCAGUGAUGAGUGAUUGUGAGAGGACCCCAGGGUUAACGGGAAUGCAUUAUGGGGGAGGGAUUAGAAGAAUUCCCACCGUCUUAUGGAAAAUUUACCUUUAUUGACAAUUUUCCUGUUAACAUAUCAGUUUGUCUUUGUUUACAUGGAAGUGCAGUUAGAAUUUUACAGUAGGGGAAGGAAACCCUAAAACGUUUGUGAGUUUUCCUAAUUGUUUUAGAAUUGCCAAACAUUCCAAGAUGAUAGCCAAACUUAAUCCGGAGAACACUAUAAAAAACAUGUAUGGCGUUAGGCAUUGUCCACUCCAAGUGCCGUAAUCAUGGGGUAAAGAAGGGUGGGCAAAUAACGUGAACCGCAUCACUGGCGCCAACCAAAGGGAGUGGAAACACCUGGAAACAGAGAAGGCCCGUCUGACCAAAUGCCAUUCACACAGGUCACCCCCAUGUAGGGCAGACCAUUGCAGAGAGUACUGUUACGUUCUCUGCAUGAUCGUAGUGUGAGAGCAUCUAGUGCUUUCUGGGGAUAGCUCUCCUGGAAAGGCACCAGGGAACAAACCUGAGAUGGUGGGAGUGGACCCUGAAAUCAGGACUGUCCUGCCAAAAUAUCCAAGCACUCCUAUAUCGGCUGAAAGGUCAAUUUGCUCAUUGUCAGCAUCCCACUCACAUCUGGGACUUGACUUUUUGUUGUUCACACAAUGGUGCUAAAGAAUCCCCUUAAUAAAAGUUUCAUAUGGGGGGUGGGGAACAAACAUUGGCACAAAGGGGAAUAAAUGUCUCUAUAGUUAUUUUAUUUUUGUUAGUUUCCAUGUUAUGUUUGACUUUUAUGUAUCUGUGGUUAGUCUGUAAUAUCUGUGUCUUGCCUUACAUUUCAUAAACUAACUCUGGGGCCUCCUUAUAAGUAAUACGGGCCAUCAUGGUGUGUUUUCAUAUAAAAGCUGUAAAACCUCAUAAGUCAUUGUCCUCUCCAUUACUUCCUGCAAAUGAUAUGCCAUCCGUAUACUUGUAAGUGCAGAGUAUAGAGAUCCAGCUCAGAGUUCCAGGCGUGUGGCUGGUUAGUCCUGGUUUGGGGUCCUGGGGAGAGGAGUGCCCUCAAGUCCUAGUUAUUCCUGGAUACUUAUCACCUCCCCAACAUCCCCUCCAAAUAGCACCUUUAUUGGUGGUUGGAGGACCGUGCGACUCCUGAUCAAAGAUUCACCAGCUCAUGGCACAGUUCCGAUCCAGUAGUUCAAUAGCGAAUUUGGGUAUCUCCUGGUCAGGCACUUGGUGCGAGAAUGGAUUCAGGAUAUCCCGAGAGUUCAUUCAGCUCCAGCUGGAGGGCAGGACAAAAAUCAGGGGCCGUCCAUACUCCAUCCCCACAGUGAGAAUAACCAUCUGGGUAAUUUAGAGGCUUCUGGGCAGGGUCCAUAGUCUGUAUGCCGUCUGCAUGCCAUCUGCAUCCUCUCCCAGAGUCUACCUCUGCCUUUCGGGAAGGGGGUUGACGACUCCUUUCCUUGGCUCUGGUACUGCCACUAGGGAAAGAUGCCACCUGCAAUCUUUGCCUGAAUCCCAAUCGCCGGCUGGGGAGAGGGGCCGACUGCUGUCUCUCUCUGUAGUGCCUUCUGCCACUAGGGAGGGAUGCCGUCUGCAUUCUGUCCUUGACUCUGCUGCUGAAGCAUCUACCUCCACUCCCAGGAACUCCUUAUGCCACUAGGGAGAGAACUUGGCUCUCCACUGCUGCUUCACUUUCAAACCACUGCUGGGGAGACAAGUUUGCUACAUUCUCUCCAUUGGAGCUUCCACUGAGGAGAGAGGUCGAAUACAUUCUCUCCCUAGUGCUCUCUGCACGCCACCUUCAUCCUUUAUUCCUCAACCAGACCUCUGGGAUAUCCGCAACUCUUCCCUCUGUCUAGUUCAUAUGUCCAAGAACCGGGCACCCUCUCAACUCCCAUAGCUUUCAUCCAGUGCCAUGGCUUACCCAGGUACCCGGGCCCACUGUGGAGAAAGCCCUUGAUUGGGAAGUUGAGGUAUUCAUACCAAGCUCUGUAUUAUAAGGCCUCGCCAACUCCUCUAGCUCCCCUCCAAAGAGUGCCCUGGUAGGUGGUACUGGGACCGGAAGCUCUCUGUUUGAAGCUUCAGCGUGUAGCGGUGGAGCUGCGAUCCGCUCCGGCGUUCCAGGGUGAAAGUGGCAUUUGCCGGUUGAAUACCUGAGCUCCUGCAGCUACAUUAAAAAAAAAAAAAAGGGGGCUUUCUCGGUGGCUCUCUGGGAGUGAUUUUACUCUAGGAUCUGUAGUACCUUCCCUCUAAAUACCCCUUUCUUGUCAGGUCGGGAAGUGGGGCAAAACAGUGAGCCAAAGUGACUGGUACUACGAGAUGAGUUAUAGUUCCAGGUGGCUUGCAGCCAAGUGCCGCUGGAGACCUUUUGGUACUUUGAGUGCGAAUACCUGCCAGGCAACAGGAGAGUUCUGGAGAAGGGAAGGUACAGAACAGUUCUCUUGGGGAAGCAGUGUCGAUUAGGGCCAAAACAGGGUCUCCAGGCCUGGCCCAUAAUUGGUAGGCAGGAGGCCAGCCUCCAGGAGCUUGUGACAAGGAAGCAAACAACCUCCUCUCCAUGAAGCUCAUUCUGCUGCUGCAGAGGAAGGUCGGCUACCUCCCCUCUCUAUAAAAUGAUCUGUUGCUGAGGAGCUAACUGGGUGGCCAGGGUCCCCAUGUCAUUUUAAACGCAUCUUUUUUUCUUUUUUCUUUCAGCAUUCUUGAGGUCAGAGAUGAGAUUAGGUGCUGAGUACUCUUUCCCAUUAUCAAGCAAAGCUGUUAUGAUGUUGAGUGGCCCUUUAAUAAAGCCAUCAAUAAAACUCAAAGGAACACACUGUUGAGCUCUACUUGGCUUCCAAAUGUCAGUGUUUUUGUCAGGCCAAUGUCUUUGUAACAACUCCAUACCAGAUUCUAAUUUGAUGGUUGGUGUCACAAUAGCAAUAUUUGUAUUUUUAUUGCAUUUACAGUUAAAACCUCGAACAAGGUGGAAGAGAAUUUGACAGUCAAUAAUGAAUCUUCAAAGGUCGAAGGCAUCUACGGAUGUCCGAUGAAGAAUGGAGGUGGCUGUAUAAUCGAUGGAGAGGAGGAAGGUAAAGGGGUGGAUUUCUGGAAUCUGGGGAAUAUAGGUUAAAUUAAUCUAGAGGUCAAAUUGAAGAUGACAUAUUGUACCAAUUUGUUCAUUGAUGGGUAUCACACUAUGAAAAGAUUCCACUAAUGGGGGGUGCACAUAGCAUUUAUAAAACUGGCUUUGGUUUUCAUAUUUAAAUGUUUAGAUAAAAAGAUUUAGAAUAAUAUGUUCCUUUGAAACAAACUCAACGUUGGUAGUACAAACCCGUAUUUCUAACAGUUUAUGCCUAUUGUUUUUUUGUUUGUUUUUUAUAUUGGGUCCCUCUUUAUGAUCUAAAUAAAAAAAAUCAAAUCUCCUUUGUCCCACACAGUGCUGGUUUUGCCAUAGACACCACUCUUCCGUUGGCUAUAUUAAAUUGUAGUGGUUCUGGUGUACCCCUUUUUAAUCAGGGUAAAUUUGUGGGAAUCAUCAGCUAUCAUAAGCCAGUGACCCUAAGAAGCUGAAGGCUGAUGAUUUGAAUAGUGUGCUCUUUAUGUGAACAUGUCUGACUGGUAUUGUAACUUAGUCUAUGUGUAUGUUGAAUAUUACACUAGCCAUUGUAACUUGUUAAUUAUAUGAUUCUGCAAAGAUGCAUAAGAUGCCCUCGGAGCAGUAACCGUCUUUUGCACUACAAUUACCGUGGACCCUUCUCCAACACACAUGUGAUGCUCUUUGUUGAACAGCAAGGAAAGUAAAAGUUUUAAACGUAUGUAGCUAGUAUAUCUAUGUUGCAAAGUUUUAAAAACAUAUUCCAUAGAUCUCUUCGUACAAUCCACUCACACUGAAACAAAAACCUAAAAACUGUCAAUGCCAGAGAGCUGGAGGUUCCUAAGCAGGGAUGUUCAUUAUCUCUCCUGAGCCAUGCCCUAUAAGGCAAGGCUUAGCUCAUUGGCUGAUGGCAACUGCUGAUGGUUAUCAUCCAAUGGGUUGAAACCUGCAUUCCAGUUCUUGGCACAAGAGAGCUUAUGGUAGUUCCUGCUUAAGAAGACCCGGCAUUACCGGGCAUACAGUUCAGCGGACUCCAGAUAAGAAGUCAAAUAGUUAAAAAAUAGUUUGACUUCUUACAAUGGUAAGGCUCCUGGGCACUUCUAUCCCCAACAAGCUGUAGUGGUUAUGGUACUUGAAGUGUUCUUUUAUUGGCCCACUUGCCAAGUUGCAUUGGUGGAUACGUUAAAAAGCCAAACACAUUUAUUUACUUUUUGCAUCUUCCCCAGUGUACAGUCUUCUAGUGCACUAGCCUCCCACCCUUGCUCCAAAAACAAGCAAACUGUCAGUUGUACAGUCUCUUGAGGCAUGUUCUGUUGGCAGAAUGUAACAUCUAUGCACCAAAACUGAUCCAUUAAGAUUUAGUGCUUGGUCUGGGACAGCAAAUAGUCGUUGAUCUUGAAAAAUCUAACUUUCUCUCCAUUGUCUCCAAGAAUCCGAUUUGGGCGAAAUAUCAAGGAGCCUCCGCAAAGCGGUGAAAACCUCGGAUCGUGUUAUGACUGUGAUCCUUGAGCUGUGUCAACACAGUGGGGGUGAGAUAUGCGUGCGCAAAGUGAAAUCUCCAGUGCACCGCUUAAACACUGUGCAAGCUGGUAAGUGCCAGACUGGGUAACGUAAAGCCAGGUCUAAAUUCAAACCUAGUCAAAUUGAACUUUUUAAUUUAUCUGCACAGGUCAUUAGGUAAAACUGGAUCAUUGUAAUGUUUUCUUAAAACAUUAACAUAAAGAAAUUAAAGGAUUGUAUGUACUAGAAUUGCAUUAUUUAUUUUAUUGUGAAACUCCCUCACUUUACUAACCCCAUCUAGGUCAUGUGGGUUUUACUCCCAAAUUCUUUUUAGGAGGUACUGAUAUAAAUAUGUGUGUACAUAUAUUUAUAUGUAAAUGCACAUAUAUUAUAAAAGAUUAGAAGCCAGUGGGUGGUGUUAUGGCACUGAACAGUUUUAAGACGUCUACUAAAACCUUAACCACUGCAAUAAGCUAUAGUGUUCUGAUGGACUGCCCCUCUAAUUAAAGAUACACUGUAUGCAGCAUAACCAUUUUAGCUCAUUGAAAUGGUUAUAGUGCCUGAAGUCCCUUCACUGUUCCUCCGUUGAAUGUUAAAUCAUUUUUGAGCAGUGUAACUCUGAAUGAGGUACCUGGCUACUGACAGCCUAGCUAGGAGUUAUGGCUAAGGCAGAGAUUACUUCCUUCUAGCUAUACCAAUUCAUACCAGCAAUUUGAGCUGUUAUAGGGUGAAAGCUGUCAGCUCUCAUUCCGAGCUGCCCACUGCAGUUCAGGCCAAUGCCUUUUCAUAACCCCAAGCAGCACGUGUGAUUUUAUUUUUUUUUUUAAAUAGUUUUAAUAUGAAAAGUAUAUUCGUUUUCCCUAAAAAUCCAUACAGAGAAAGUGGUCAUGGUGGGUGUAAUUCUCCGUACCCUAUGCUGUUCCUCCUCAUGCCAUCAUAUUCUCUGCUAUACUUAUUUAAUUACGGACAGCUUCAUCUGCUAGGAUCCAUUGUCUGCAAUGUAAUUUGCACAUGCAUGAGCGUAAACAGGGUCUUGGGAGGAUCCUGGGUGACCACUGUUUCCCCCCCCCCAUAAUCUCAUGCAUGCGCAAGAAAGUGCAAUGAGCAUCUAUUUGUGCAUUUUGCUAGGUGAUGCCUAUUUACAUCAAGCAUCAACACCAGUGGCAGAAACUCUACUUUUCCCCAAAGAUUGACCCUUACAUGACACAGUAGACCAGCGUUUCCCAAUUGGUGUUCCGCGGAACCAUGGGGUUCUGCGGAACACCAACUGGGGUUACUUCAAAAGUUUAAAAAAUAAAAUGGAUGCACGGGCGGCGAGGGAGCAGUGAGCAGUGAUCUCCCUGCUCAGCUCCCUCGCGUGCACAGCAGUGAUGCUGGAGCCGGAAUAUAACGUCACUCCGGCUCUGGCAUCUCCGCCUGCACGUCAGUGCUCAGCAGCCCCACUGGACCCCAGGGACUGCACGCUAAGCACGCCAGCCACUCAGCAGUCCCACUGGAACCCAGGGACUCCAUGCCAGUACUCCUAAAGGUAGGGGGGCUGGGUGGAGUAAAAAAAAAGAAAAAAUAAUCAUUGUUUGUAUGUGUUUGUGUGUCUCAAAGAGUAGUGUGUUUGUCGGUGAGUGUAUGUGUGUCUGUAAAAGAGUCCACAUCACAUGAUGUUGAUACACUAUGUCAAAGGGUUUCUCGGGGAAAAAAUAAUUGGGAACCCCUGCAGUAGACCAAUGUAUUUUAAUUUAACUAGAAUCUCAAUGAAAUUCCAACACAAUUAAAUCAGUUUUUCAUAAAGAUUCUGUGUUUAGGAGAAUCUCCAAAGUGACAGUCUCUUUAGAACUUUUAGCCAUUUGUUAUGCAAUGUUGUGAUCAAAAAUUACUUUUUUUUUUAUUCUGUAAAAUAGAAACUUAUUUAUUAUAGGGUUUCACAAAUACGAAAGUUUGUUUUAAUGACUGCCUUACAAAAACAUUCCAUGCCAUGACAAGUCAAGUGCAUUCCUUACUUCUACAGAAAAGAACUGUAACUGUUUAUUACCCCAGUAAAACAUUUUAUACCAAAGUGGAGUUCCCACAUUAGUCAGUCUCCUGUUAAAUGUUAAUUUCUUUUACUCCAGUUGCAAACGUAAGAAUCCAGUUUUACACUUGAACCCUUCCCCCACCAGAGAAUUUUCACCCUGGGGAUAUAUAUUUAACUUACACACGUAAGAAUCCUGGAGAGUUUUUCUCAAAUUGGAAAUUAUUGUACGACUAAAAUAACAAGUUUAUCACAGGUUCUUAUUUCAUUGUCCAUGUUUCGCUAAAUCUUUCACCAAAUUUUGCCCUGCAGCAAGCAAACACCAACCACGGGAUGGACCUCUCCUGGCCCUUCUGGAAUCACAUCUGGAAAGCACCAUCUCACAGGUUGAUGUAGACCUCACACGACACGUGCCCACCUCUCCGGAAAGAGGUAAGAUCCUUGCCUGCAAACAGGCUCAUGCACAAAAUUUUUGUAUUCGAUUCUUCACUAUAUAAAUGGAGUCUCCAGUUGGGCAUCGCAUUGCUGCCACAAUUAAAACAAAUAUCAGGCUGUUGCCCGGGGCCUGACAAUUAAAAUGCAAGCGGACCUAAUUGUGUUCCUCAAUAUAAGGGUUAAGAACCACAAUGUUAGCAUGGAUUGGAUUAAAAGACCCUUUGGAUAGAAACCUAAUCCUUCGUAAUAAAUAAUGUAAUAUUUAUUUUGAAUUAUUUUCAUAUAUUUAAUCUUGAGGCACUGCAUAUUAUGACCCUAAUACUAACAUUUUUCAGCAAGUCAUUGCUUGGGUUUAUAGAGCAUUCGAAGUGCUAUUGAACACUGCAAUAUUUGUUGUUUGUAUAUGGGGUGAGGUAUAUAUAUAUAUAUAUAUAUAUAUAUAUAUAUAUAUAUAUAUAUAUAUAUAUAUAUAUAUAUAUAUAUAUAUAUAUAUAUAUAUAUAUAUAUAUCUCUAUAUAUAUAUCUCUAUAUAUAUAUAUAUAUAUAUAUCUAUCUCUAUAUAUAUAUAUAUAUAUAUCUCUCUAUAUAUAUAUAUAUCUAUCUCUAUCAUAGAGAGGAAUUUAGGAUUGUUAAAAAAAAGAAAAAAAAAAGGUCUUGACAGUCUCUUAUAUACAUGUACAUUUUUUAUUUUGGAUUUUCAUGCAUACCAUUUCGCUCUGCUUGCUUUUAUUCACAUAAUGGCCUUGAUGUAAUAUGUUUGUAUAAGAUAUUUUCAAAUGAUCUAAUAUGUUUGGAUACAUUUAUUUAAAAGUUUAUUCCAAAAAUGUUAAAUCAUUUGAAAAUCGGGUCUACAAAUAUUAAAUUGCGGACUAUUUUUGCAGAGGGUACAGAGUUCCUACACUCCUUAAUGGAGCAUUCAUACAGAGCACUGGUAGUUUUAAAAUUGUACAGCUGCAAAUAAAAAAUCGUGUGUGCUCAUCCACUUUGUUUUUCACUUUACACGAAGCCUGCAUCAUUCUGACUGCAAAAUACUGCCAUGGGGAGGGGGGGAGGUGUAUGCUGGUCAUAUCAAAGGCAGCCCCAGCCUCUUUCAGUGUAUAGUGAAAAUAUAAAAAAGUUAAAAUUUUGGAAUUUGUAUUGUAAAUCCCCUUAAGGACACCGCUUCAGAAGUAAAAGACCAGUAUGACCGUCAUGUGUCCUUAAAGGGUUAAAUUUGGUAUUUGACUAUGAAACCUCCACCACUACAUUCCAUUCUAUCCACAACCUUGUAAUAGGGGUUACUUCCUCUGUUAGAGAAUCAAUGAUGGAUUUUAAUAGAAAGGUAUUCAUAUGUUUGUGCUAUAUUACUAGUAAAAAUGUAUACAGUUUCCAUUGUAUUGCUAUAUCUUCAGCACUCCUUACAUUCUCAUAUAAACAAACCGGUUAUUUGUAUGCCUUCGGGUUACAUAUCGCAUUGUGUGCAUCUGUUCCAAUAUACGCACCGUAUCUGUACACAAGGAUGGAAAUAUAUAGAGACAGAGGAUAAUCAAAGAGCGUAAAGUCAAAGUCUAGGGCUCCAGAAUUACAGGGAUUGGCCCAGUCGGUGCUUUAAAUGAUCUUGGCAAUAGUGAGGAGAUUCGGUGGACCAUUGUUAUGAAAGGUUUAUAAAUGACUGUGACCCAUCUAAGAAGACUCUUUAAACCUUCCUAAUAACCAGUAUGAAUGUGGAGGAGGUUGAUAUGACUUUCUUAAGGGUUGCGAAGCCGAACCGGGCCCCAGAGCAGAAUUUCACAUCAGGUGGCCCCAAGUAUGAGGGCCACCUAAUGGAUGCCCCCCACGCUUGUGGGCCUUGGAAUGGUUGCACCAGCUGCACUGCUGGUUGUUCUGCUGCUGCACAGACUUUCUCUUCCUCCCACACACUCGACGCUGAAUUAUUGUGAAUUGAAAACUGUUUUUGCAUCUGGAUCAGGCAGAUACCACUUACUCACCACCACCACGCAGAAUAAUCCCACCUCCCAAACGUUUUACACCCACAUUUAUGCAGCUUCUUGUAUAAAAUGAAUGUGUACAGGCUAAUGCUUCUUAAUUAAGCCUAGUUCUUUAGCUUUGCAAAUGUUCUGCCCAAAGAAGCUAGCCCAAGGGGGACUCUAAGCUCCGUAACCACUAUAGCUUAUCAGAAUGCUUGUGGAGCAAAAGAUCUUUUUAGGUGCAAUUUUAUUUUUUUCUUCCUUGUCAAAUAUUUGAAUAGUUUAGCAACUUCCUCUGCCCCCCUCCCCCAUUUAGAAAUGAAAAAACUGAAUUCGCCCAGAUGUCCAAGACCAACACCUCUACUGCUGUGAGAUACCUGUAAAAAUUUCAACAUCAUUGAUGAGUUGUGAGCACACAAGACCAAACUUGGCUCAGGCAAACCGUUGGACAGAAACCAGAGGGGCUGCAUUCAGACUACUUGCAUCAUAACCAAUACAAUAAGCUGCAGUUGUUAUGGUGCUUAGAGUGUAACUUUUUUGCUGACCUUUCUUACAUUAUAUAUUAUAGUCUCUCGAUAAAUGAUAAUACUUUGUGCGUGUGUAUGACUGUGCAUGUUUUCAGACCAUUCAGCAACAUUUGCUAAAAACACCAAGCAGUGAAUCCGAAUACAGACAGAAUGACAAUCGUAAGAUGCUCUAACUUAUUAUUAUUUUCUUGUUCUUUCAUUUACUCAAUCUGUCAUUAUCUGUGUUAUCGGAAAUGCAGAGUUUCGGAACAUUCCAACAGACAAGUCUUACAACUUUUACAUGCAGGUUUAAAUGUGUCUUUGUUGUGUACUGCUAUUUCAGGUGAUCAAUGUGGAUACGUUGUAUUCUUUAUAUGCAAAAGGCAGAAUGUGCUGGAGAGUAUGGGAGAGGGGAUGAGGUGAAAGUCACCAGAGGCUUGGUUUACCUCAGGAUCUGAAAAAUUAUCUUAUAGGAAAUGACCGUUUCCUAUUUCUUUUGCAGUCUGUGAAACAAAGCCACCCUACAGGGAGGAGAGGGGCCAGGAGGGAGAAUAUUCUGACAUUCCUGCUCCACUGGGAACACUGCAAGAAGGAAGCCCCACUGUACAGCACAGAAGCCCCUCUUCCAGUACUCGGCCUGGCACAGCCUAUCUCAAGCCGGGUAAGCAAUAAAUGUAUACAUCUUACAGGGGGACUUUAUACUGACCAAUAACCGGUACAGUGAAAGGUGUCAUGAAGUAAUUGGAGGGGUUAUGUGGGGUAAUUGGAGGGGUUGUAGGGAGAGAGGCUGUAUAUGGUAAAGCUAUCCAUAUACAGAUCAAUAUUAAACUCUAGGCUUUACUCUGACUUUGGUUUAAUUAAGGUUCUUAUUAGAUUAAGGUGUCAAUUUCUCCUGUUGCUCUGUAUAAGCCAAGUUAAGCAAUGCAGCUUUCCAUUUAUUGACGAAUUAUAUUCCCACAAUUCUUAGGACAGUAGAGGAUUAUAAAAGUUAUCAGUCUGAGAGUACAGAGGUGCAGCUACCUACCCCAGAGGGGCAAAGAUUUAAAAAUAUCAGGAAGUAUUACUUUACUAAAAGGGUAGUGGGUGCAUGGAAUAGCCUUCCAGCUGAAGUGGUAGAGGUUAACACAGUGAGGGAGUUUAAGCAUGCGUGGGAUAGGCAUAAGGCUAUCCUAGAGACUGAGAAUAAUGCAGGUAUUUAGAAAAUUGAGCAGACUAGAUGGGCCAAAUGGCUCUGAUUUGCUGACACAUUCUAUAUGUUUCUAUAAAAUCACUACAAGUGCAUUUACCUUUUAACAUAAACAUGCAGUUUUUCCAAAAUGGCAAUGUUUUACAUUGAAGGGUUAAAGUGACAGGACCACUGCAUCCAGGCGACUUCAUUGAGAUUAAGUGAUCUGGGUGACUUUAGUGGUCCUUGAAUAUUCGUUUUAAAGGCAGACACUCUAUAUCGAGAGAAAGCAACAACAGAGAAACUGAACCACUGAAACAUCAGUUAAAGAGUGCAUCGGUAUUCCAGCAACAGCCAGUUUAGCUCUUUUAACAUGUCACAGUGCUGGGUAAAGUAAUUACAUUCUAGUACAAAGUGGCAGGACGAAUUAUAUAACGUAUUAAGUUUAUUAAGGUGGGUUUGCGGUGCGGGUGCAAACACUACAUCCCCAUAAUCAAUGACCGGCAUUAGAAUUGUUGCACUGUUUCCUUAGUGUAGGGCUUAGACAGAAUUUGUACUAUGAUAGAAGCUAUUAAGAAAUAAUCAAUCCCACCUUUCAUCUACAUAAUCCGUUUUUAUAAACAUUUGUUCUCCCUGCGGCUGUAUGUUACAUGUAUAGGCGCUGUCAUAGACACCUGUUUUCAUUUAAUUACAGAAUAUUUAUUUUUAUAGUAGGUAAUUAUACCUGGUAAUCUUCCACUUCAGAAAGAACAAUAAACACUGUAAACAGCGAUGUUUAGUUCAUUUAAUUGAAAACCGAAUUGCAAAACUCACUCCACACUAGGUGAGAACCGUCUUUAAUUUGUAAGCCUGAAGUUUGAAUUUAAUUAAAUUUCUCAGUCCACUACGGUUUACCGUGAAGUACUUCAAAGUCUACGAAUGCAAAUUUUCUUAACUACGGGAUUGUGGCCAGGAAAUGGUUAUCCAUUCUGUUAUUUAAAUUGGUACCCGUUGGUAGGAACAGGCACAUAUUAUCACGUUCCAGUUAACUGCCCUCAAUAAGUUGUUUACUGUACUUUGUUACUGGGAAGAGUCUAAUUAAGGGUUGUUGCGGUAAUUCUAAUAUGUCUUAUUACAGUUGAAGAAUUUGAUUCUGAGAUUAUUUUGAACGUAAAGAAUGCGUUAAGAACCUCUCAUUUUAAAACACAUAUCAAUUGAAAUGUAUGCUAGGUGCAUGUUGAAAAGUGCUCAUAUUUAUUAGUGUCUCUGUCUUGAUAUCGCAUUUUCACCAUGGUGGGAGGAUAUGACACAACUGUUAAUGAUCUUGUCGGUUUUUUUUUAUUUAUUUAUUUUACAAGUUCCUUUUUUAUAAGUUAAGAUUGGAGUAAGGGAACCUGCCGUAAGUUAAACUAACACUAUGGUGUUGGGAAUACAAACAUGUCUUCCUAACUGUGACGAUAUGGCCCUGGUGUCUCUGGCAUUAAAAGUCUGCUAUCGUCCAUGGGUUUCUUCGCCUAACCUGCACUGCUAACUGCUCAACAAAGCCCCAAGGUUACGUUUGCUUGGUAGCACACUGACUCACAACCUAGGACAGGCAUUGGCAACCUUCGGCACUCCAGAUGUUUUGGACUACACCUCCCAUGACGCUUUGCGAGCAUUAUAGGAUGUAAUUCAAAACAUCUGGAGUGCCGAAGGUUGCCUAUCCCUGACCUAGGAUAUGCUGUGGUUGCAUGUUCUGACUAUUACAGAGUAUACCCACCAGCUUGUUCCACUGGCAAAACACUUCAAUGAAUAUGGUUCUUUAGAGAAUCAGCACGACUUACACUUACCUGGAUUCAAAUACCUCUGAAGGAGACAAGGUAAUACACUUUUUGUUGGCAACUUGUUGAAUCGUGCAAUUGUGUGAUGAUUUAAAGGGCUGUAUGCGGCACAUACCUUAAGCGCUGCAUACAUCUCUUAGUGAAUCUGGGGCCACUAAAAAUGGACCUAGGUGACAGAGGGGAGCCCCAGGUAUCUAUUUAUACCUGGGUCUCUCUGGUGUAAGCAGGGCUUUAACCCUAUGCACUUCAUUGCAGCAUAUAUUUUGAUGAUUUUUCAAAAAUUGAUCAUGUAUCCAAAAUUGCUGGCUGACUGCAUAACAUAUGGGCUUCACGUUGAAUGUAGCUAACAAAACGUUAUCAUCCAAUACGUUUUAAAGAGUUUUGUUGCCUGCUGCAUUUUAAAGGGUAAUGACCUGUAAUGACAGAGGAACGGUAACACAUGUUUGGAGCUUUCAUCUCCCUGCUUAAGAGGAACGAGACAGGGCAAAAACGUUAUUCACGCUACUGCCAAUAACAUCGAGAGCACAUAAGAAUAAUGUCUCAACAUUAACAAGUUAAUUUACACAUCUGGGAAAAAGUGGCUGCCAAACCACAUGACUAAAAGUUUGUUUAGCAGUUUUGAUUUUAAAGAUAUAUGCCUAAAUAUACAGUACUGUUUUUAAACAUUUCAAAAUGGCUGCCCAACGACAUGACUUGCUGAUUUCUCAAAAAAAACUAAAAAAAAAUCUGAAUACAGGUCUUAACAUGCUCUUCAAACAGAGCUUCGCCUCUAGUGCAUAAGAGGUUUCAGAGCAGGUGGUUUUUAAAAAUGUGCAUUUAUUUCACUAUUGAAUAAUAACCGUAAUUUGUUACAUAGGAUUACUCAACACCAUAAGUAUCAAAGGUAAUAAAGGGCCUAAGGUCACGUUUGUUUUUAAUUUUUUAAUUUUUUUUUAAAUUAAACUUUUUUAAAUCCUUGAAACUUUACCAAAAUUCAAAGGUUUAUGGUUAGGUGCUGCGUAUAAAUUAUGGAAGUAAUUUGUCGCAUUAGUGUGGGGGACAUCUUUUAUUUUAAUUUUUUUUUUUUUUCUUCAAAAACACAUUUUAUGCAUUGGACACGCAUAUUGUAUGUCAUUGGUUGGCAGUGGCCAUCUUGAAUUUCAUGUCCACUUGCGAUCAUUGCUUAUUUUGGCUGGCCAUGCUGCUGCCGGGUUUUGGCUUUGAAAGGGGGCUUGGAUUAAUGUGCCCUGUGGAGUUUGGAGGGGCUUAGGGGCCUUGAGGCUGUUUCCUGCCAGCACUAAUUUAGUGGCUCAUCUGAGGUGUGGUGCUGCAGUAAUGCUUGGAUCCUGCUGUUGGCAUUGUGGUGGACUUACUGGGAGGAGGUGAGCUUGGUGGAUCCCUACUCUGCUGCACUACUGAGCCUGUUUUUGAUUAGCCUCAAUGAUCGGAGGCUUGAGUUGAAGAAUAUAUUCACUAUACAUUUUUGUAGUGGGAUUUAGCAUUUAGGAUUUUCUUUUUGAUUUUUGUUAUUUAAGUAACAACUGUUUUUCCGAGCUCAUCUAUAUUCUGCGUCUUGCAAUUUUUAUUGAGUUUAGCAGGCAAAGGUAUAGCUAUGAUUGUAUGCGAUCUCUAUUUGGCAGUAGUUGUGACUAGUUGUCACUGUGCAUUAGUCUUGUGGCAUUCCCCAGUGUUACUUGCCAGGAUUCGUUACCAUACCCACACAGAGGCUUCUCUAAUUCUUUCAUAGCUUGUUCGUUAUGCCUCUCUAAGACUCUCUAUGACAUAAAUCUGACUGUGGUGGAUGCCAACUAUUGAUUCUUAAUGCUGCUAACUGAUUGGCAAAAAGAAUGCAGAGAGCAGGUGGCAUCCGCAGCCAAUCCGAAUCUUAUGUUUGCUGUUAAGCAAAAUCGCUUCCAGUAUUCCACAUUACAUGGAAUUGCGUCUUUGAACUCCCUGGUUCUUUAUUCCAAUGGUGCCCACAGAUAACAGAUUUUUUUUUUUAUAUAUAUUUUUUUAAUACGGGAAAGAAACUUAAUAGCAGAAAUAAAAUUAUAAAAAAAAAUAAUCCAGGUAAUACGUGAUGAAUAGUGCUUUAAGUUUACGCUUAUUUUGCGCAAGGUGUAUAAUGUACUCGCUUCCGUUAGCGAACACUCCGCUGUGAUUUUAAAACUCUCUGAAGCCAACAUAUCCCUUGCUGGAUCUAACAGGCAAACCUAGUGGAUUGGCCCGUAAUUAUGUAUCCGCUUUGUAUUGAAUAGCUUCUAGGUUAUAAAGAUUUCCGUAAACAAACUCUCAGGUCAUACGUAGCAGGUGUGUGUAGACUUUGUGCUUUGGAACCCAAUAUCUUCGGAAAUGUCUGUACAGCAUUCCUCUGCCGCCCCUCCCUUCACUGCACAGGUCCAUUACACCAUGAGAGAGUCUGAUUUUAUCUUUUCUUUUAGAAUCUGUUUCACCUAAGAGGAAACCUCACAGAUCUGGUAAGUUCACUUUGUAUUUUAUAUAUGUGUUUUGAUUGAUUUAUUAACAUGUUUACAAAGAAAAAAAAAACUUAUCACAUUCAUCCAUCUAAGCUUUAAGCAUUCUUUUCCUAAAGAAAAAGAUACACAACUUUAUGUGUACGUUAUUUUUUUUUUAAAGUAAUUUCUGCAUUUUUAAAUUGUAUUUUUAAUUAUUUAGAGUAGUGUUGUAAUUUGAGGCUAAAUGUUUUGCACUUGUUUUUGUGUUGUGUCCAAAUUUGGACAAUGUUUUCAUGUAUCAUUGUAUGUUACACCUGCUACGUUAUUCUCGUUGCCUCUGUCACGGAACCCCAUUCCAACAUAGGACUAAAAAGGAUUAUUAUCACUAUGGAAAGGACAUGGACUAUUAGGGCUAUUAUCACUACGGAAAGGGGGGAGGAACAUGGCUAACAAAUACAUUAUACAAACCCUGCAUCUAUAAUGGGCACAAGAGUAAUGGGGGACCUACAGAAAGUGUCUAUCUUCAGCCCCCAGUGAUGGUGACCACAGUCCCAGCCUCUUUCCAAAUAAAAGCAACAGAAAGUGGGGGAGCUCCAAUACUCAACCAGAGUAUCUUCCCCAAAGAUUUUCAUUUUUCAUGCAGAGUUUUUAAUGAUAUAGCCGCCCACCCAAACAUCAGUCGAAACUUGCUGAAGGGUAAACAUAGGAAUGCUGUAUGUUGGUCACAGCACACACACAGACACACUUACACAAGGCCGUCUUAAACGCGGGGGCCCAUGGUGCGUGCGGCCCAUGUGAAACUACCACCGCGGGCCACACAAUGAUGUGGCCCAUCGGGUGGCCCAUGAUCUAAGGGCCACCCAAUGGAAAUGUAUUUUCUGUGAUGGUGUCUCAAUGCUGGAAGUGCCUGCCAGCAUUCACAGAGUGCCGCGUGGGAGGAGCAGGAGAAGAGGGAGUCAGAGAUCACACUCAUCAGCCUGAGACAGCCACUACACCCCAGGGGAGUCACCGUUCUGCACCUAAACGGUAGGACACAGGAGGGUGCCUAAAAAAUGCACAUUUUGUAUGUGUCUGUAUCUGUUGUGUGUGUCUGUAUGUAUAUCUGUUUUGUGUGUCCAUUUGUGUGUCUGUAUGUAUAUCUGUUUUGUGUGUCUGUGUAUCUGUCUGUGUUUGUGUGUCCAUUUGUGUGUCUGUAUGUCUUUUUGUGUGUCCGUAUUAGGGAUGCACUGAAACUUCGGCCAAAAACAGGUCAUAUUUGCUGGGGGGAGGUUUUUUUUUUGUUUUGCUUUGUUUUUGUGCAUAGUUUAGCAGAUAUGCUUGCAUUAACAAUUUAGAUGAUUAUCACAAUGAAAGAUAGUAAUGAUAACAUUACAGGGGGGGGGGGAAGAACACUAUGGGAUGGGGGGGGACUAAAAACGAGGGAGGGGAGAGGAACAUUCAGUGUUAGUGGGGGGGCCACUAAAACAGAAGGGAUUUUUUUUUUUUAUAUCAGAUUAAUUAAAUUCAUUUAAAAAAAUUAAUAUUAAUAAAGCUUUCAGAAAAAAGUCAUUUUCGGUUUCGGCACAGAAUUUUCAUUUCGGUGCCUCCCUAGUCUGUAUUCCUAUCUGUGUAUCCGUGUGUUUGGAUGCCUAUCCGUCUCUGUAUCUGUUUGUACUUAUGUAGCUGUGUGUCUGUAUGCCUAUCUUUUGUCUGUAUGUUUAUCUGUUUGUGUAUCUAAAUGUGUCAUUCUGUGUAUGUAUCUGUAUGUUUAUCUGUGUGUAUCUGCAUGUUUGUCAGUGCAUUUGUCUGUUUAUCUGCACGUUUGUCAGUGAGUGUAUCUGGAUGUGUUUGUGUAUGCACUUGUGUGUGUGUGUAUUUGUCUUUGUAUGUCUGUACCUGUGUAUGUCAGUGUCUCCAUCUGUGUGUGUGUAUUUUGUCUCCGUAAAAAUGAGUGCGGCUAAGUGUGUGUUUAUUUGUUGUUGUUUUUUUUGUGUGUGGGGGUGGAGUGCGUGAUUGCAUGCUAGGCCUAGGGGGCCCAAGCAAAUGAAUGCCCAGGGUCCAAUCAGUAUCAAAGAUGGCCCUGGACCUACGUCAGGGAUUCAUUAACUAAAACAAUACAGACCUCCACCCAGGCACCUCUGUGUCUGAGAGUUAAAUAGAUCAAGAACCACUAAUCUUACAAAAUACCCCAAAACCUAUGUUUCUCCACCAGUAAACACCACAUAUCGGGUAUCCCCAGAUAGCUCAACCAAUCAGCUGUGUACAAUUCAAACCGUGCUCUGAUCCUCGGCACGGUGCAUAUGAUAUCCGGUUAAAGGUUUGAGUUGGGUUGUCGGGCUGCUCCAGAGGACCAAGCCUACAUAGAUAUGUUACCAGGUGAUCGGAUUUCAGGGUGUUUGGUUUGGUAGUGUCUUCUAGGGGAAGGCAAAAACAGUAAGGUGAUUAGAAGUGAUUCCCAUUGAAUUAGGAUCAUAUCGUAACAGAGAAUUUGUCAUAAUUUACCAUGGCACAGAAAUGUCUUUGUUUUUCGUUAAGACGGAGUAAAUGUGGUCACCGUGUUCAUGUGUCUAUGUACUUCCCAGUAUUUCUAACCAAGACAUGCCGCUCCUGAUAGGUGACUUAUAUAGAGACAUUAGAACUAGCAUCUUUCUACUUUAACUUCCACUUUCUAUAUGUCGAAGUAUCCUUUUAAGCCCAGUGGCAAAACUAAUGUAGAAAAGACAUGUGGGGAGGGCAUGUGGCCAAAAGAUAGAUUCUCAGCUGUCCUACAACACCCAUAAUGCUUUGCCAGGUGGGGGUUCUAUGAUUUGCCCAUCCUUGCAGAGUAGUAUUUGUAACCAGUGUCUGUGUGUUUGAAUGUUGGCAGGUUUUUAUAUGGAGUAUGUGUGUGUGAAUGAUGGGGUGUGUGUGUGUGUGUGUGUGUGUGUGUGUGUGUGCAGUUUUGGUAUUUUAAUGCAAGGGUGUAUUUGUGUGUAGUGUUAGCAUUUGAAUUCAGUUGUGUGUUUGUGUGUAGCAUUGGCAUUUACUAGCAGGUGUGUUUGUGUGUAGUGUUGGUGUUUGUGUGCAAUGUGUGCAUUUUAAUGCUGGGAUGUCUACACAUAUCUGCAUACACUGCCACAUUAUUAUUAUUAUAUUUAUAGAGCGCCAUCAAAUUCCGCAUCGCUUUACAAUGGGUGGACGAACAGACAUGUAGUUGUAACCAGACAAGUUGGACACACAGGAACAGAGGGGUUGAGGGUCCUGCUCAAUGAGCUUACAUGCUAGAGGGGGUGGGGUAAAAUGACACAUAAAGGCAAGGAUUGGAUAUAUAUACACAAAUACGCAUACAUACACAUGUCAUAGAUACGCAUGCGCAUUUACAUACAGAUAUUCAUAUAGACACAGACACGUCAUAAUCUUUUACAUCUUCUUCUCUUCCUCCCCCUUGGCUCUCCAUAUGCUGGAAGGAAGGGAAACCAACUCACGUCCUCCCUGCACCAUAGUCACAGGGGCUUGAUCUGUGGUUCCUGUUCAGAACCUGAUCAGAGGUGCCAAUCGGGUGGCCCUAAUUAUGAGGGCAACCCAAUGGCCAUUCCAGCUUGUGGGCACUAGUUGUUCCACCACUGUUAAUGCCUGUAGUGGAUACAGUAGGUCUGGUCUUUAUCCUUUAAAAAAAAAAAAAAAAAAUAUAUAUAUAUAUAUAUAUAUAUAUAUAUAUAUAUAUAUAUUUUAUACAUUUUUGUCUGUACAGUAAAUACGUCAAUCAAUAGCAGCCUUGACUUGGGAUAAGCAACUAAUCACACAACAAAGCUUAAUUAAAUUACAAUCCAUGAGAAUGGAACCCUGUGUUUACAAGCGGCUUCUUCGAUAAGGACUGUAGACCACGUGGGAGAAUGUCACAGCAGCCAGUUGGAACUGGACUUGAAGUGUCCCUGGAACAAUGGGACAACACCCUACUAGAAAAACAUCAAGACUGGAAAGGCACAUACAACCUGGACAAUCAAUACAUUCGAUUUAGUUCGAAGUACACAAUAAAGAAAAUCCCCACCAUUUUUUAAACCAGCUGAUAAGCACCAGAAGGGUGGGGAAGAACCUGUUACGAUGUCCAUCCUGCAUGUUUUGUUUACUUUCAAGGUUCAUCGUUUCAUAUUUAACUGCCUUGACUUAAUUCAUCUGGUCUGCUGCCACAGCCACUGUCUUGAUUGUUCCAUCAGUUGUAAAGAGUAAUGGCAUCUGGGCAUGUGCAGUGCGAGCUUUGCUGUGAACUGUCCACUCAACAUGCCCAACAUGAGGGUAUUCAACAUACUCCUCAUUCUCUGAAGCUGAGGAAGUAAUGCCCAUAUAUUGUCAUUUGCAUUGCUAACAAGCACUUGGAUAAAAAUAAUUUUCCUCCUUGCCCCUCUAUGAUAUCUGACUUAAAGGGGCAAACUAUUUUUCAUUGCAUUGAGGUUCCUCAAGUAGCUCAUUGUGCGAUUUUAAGGACAUGCACCCUGUUCACAAGAAAGGAUUUAGUCCUGUUUCAUUCUAGAUCAGAAUUCUAAUCAGGUCAACUCCUAUUAAUGUUUGCAGGUGAUACCUUGAAACUAUUCGACUGUGUAUCUAAUGUGGAGGCGAAGAAAGGAGAAAAAGUGGAACUGCGUUGUGGGAUUCGUGGUACACCUCCUCUGGCUGCCUCUUGGGUGAAAUCCAAAAAGCCGGUAAGUAGAGUGGGAAGUGUACACUUAUUAAGAGUAAUAACUCACUUUAAAUUUGGCAACAGUUCUUGAGAAAGAAAUGCAAGGUGGGAAAAAAAGUACCUUGGCAACACUAGUGGCCAAAAUAACAGAUUACGCUUAACAAAUUCGAUGCACGAUUCCCAAUGAUUACAAUGCAGUGGCAUAUUUAAGCAUAUAAAGGACAUGGUAUAGCUAGAAAUAUUGCUUAACCCCUUAAGGACCAAACUUCUGGAAUAAAAGGGAAUCCUGACAUGUCACACAUGUCAUGUGUCCUUAAGGGGCUAAAGGACCACUAUAGGCACACAGACCACUUCAGCUUAAUGAAGUGGUCUGGGUGCCAGGUCCACCUCGCAUUAACCCUUUCAGCUGAUGAUGGGAAAGGAGGAGGAGAGUCCCAGCGCUGAGGGAGCCCGGCGCUGGAGAAAGGUAAAUGAUUUAACCCCUUCCUCUCCAUCCAGCCCAGCGGGUGUGGGACCCUGAGGGUGGGGGCACCCUCAGGGCACUAUAGUGGUCCUUUAAAUACUUUAACACAUGGCAAAUGUUGAAUAUUAAAUAACAAAAUAAGUUAGAAUGUCACUACAAGGGGUCAAAUAAAUUAGGCCCAGGCACUCAGGAUUGCUGCAGGAAGGCAGGUUUAUUGGAACAAAAAGUGCAACGUUUCGGCCUACACAGAGGCCUUUAUCAAGCCGAAACAUUGCACUUUUUGUUCCACUUCAUACACAGGAAAAAGUCCUUCAUAAUAAGUGUCCACUGCAGCAGCAGUUACCUAUUUUGGUUUUACGAAAAAUAUUUUCCACCAAUUCAGUACCACAUGCAAUCAUAUGUGGAAAAGAAGAAAUAAAUCCAUUUACAGUGUAUGGCGGACCUCUUGUAGAUAGUCGGAGUAUCGCUGCCAGGGAUUCCCUUUUCCACUCCAUAAAAGCCGCAGGGUGAUUAAAGCUCCCCCCUAAUCAUGAGCCGAGGCUUGAUGUAAGGGUACAGGACAAAACAUUUAUUGAGCGACAGCCCUCUUUUUAUACCGAUGUCCCCAACAAGGGGUCAUUGAGAGAACAAAGCAUUGCACAACAUAUUUCACAAUCCUGGUGUCUGGGACACAAGAUAACUUUAAUAACAUUCAGACACCUAACAAUAAAGUCCCCUAGAACAAUACUUUCCCUUGUGUAUAGAACUAUGUCUAAAAAGAUUUUAAUCACUGUGACAGAAGCUCCCAUGCCAUGCCAUUUUGGAGAGGCUUGAAGGCCAGCCUCUUACCCACAGACUAUGGACCUCGUCCCAGGAGUCCCUAAAAGAAGUGUGGACAUUUGCAUAAUGCUGGUAUACAAAUGAGGGCAAACACAUACAGCAUUAAAUGUAUAUAUUAUUUGUAUCUUAAAUGUCACCACAUGUUUAAGGACCAUUCCCCAAAUGCUAUUCCUAAACGUAAAAUAAAGUUUUGUAUGUUCGUUCCUUUUGGAACUGUGUGUCCUGUGUGGAUUUUUAUCUGGCUGCAUGAGCCCUCUAGCCAGCUGCAAAUAUCUUUGUAAAGACAGGAGCAAUUACUAAAGGCAGUGUUGCAGAGGGACGCUAACCUGCCUAGAAGAAGAGUCUGGUCGAGUGGAAGAGUUCCAGAGAGACAACAUUCGAACUUCUGACUCUGGCUGAAGUGUUCCAGGCUCUCUUCCCAACAGCUAGGAUGUUCGGUCAGAGUACAGGAGUUCCGUUACAACUUGCCAGUAUUCCCAAACAUUUGUCUCCCACGGGAAGCUGACCUCUGAGAACAAGUCCAAAGAGCGCCCGGAUCGGAAGUGUCAAACCCGAGUAGUGUCAGGGAGAAGUUUAACUGGGCCACAAACCUCCUCUGAUCUGGCGUAGAGCUCUAGAGCGCUGGGUGGAAGGUUCCGGUCACAUUUGAGGACUGUUUGCAAAGCUGGUACAUGGAGCUUCCUCAAGUCCUGGAUGUCUUUGAAUGCCAGAUCACCUCCUCAAACACCUGUCCAAUUAGUGAUCUUUUUGGUGGUUCUGGAAACCGAGCGCUACAUGGAUGAAGCUUGACCGGACCUCAGCAAUCCAAUCUAUAGUCUGCCAUGCUAUGGUUAUGAGAGUCUCCCGCUGGUCCUUGGGACUCUCUCUGGUAGAUUUUUGGGCUCUUCUAGCCUGGAGGCAUGAUGGGAAGGAGUUCAGUCGAGUGGUUAAAGUUCCUUUGAGGUGGUGGCUGGGAGACUUAUAUUAGUCCAUGGUGACUGGGUGGUCUGUCACACAGUGUAAAUGUGGUUUUCAAGGUUUUGUUUAUAUGACCGCAUUCAGGGAGAUAGGAGCAAAAUAGAUACAUUUACCUGAGCUUCCUUAACCUCUGAUCAGCCAUCUUCUUCAUGCUCCUGUUCAUUUGCCAGUAGUCCUGUCACUUUUACAAAACUGGCUCUCUGGAAGCCCUCACAAAACAGCAGAAUCUAUCACAGAUGAUCUUGAGCAUGUGGAAUGGGAAGUCAUAGGCAAUGCUACAGAGAGUGAAGUGUGAUGGGAAACCGAAAGAUAUGGCCGUAGAAUACCUUCUUGUUUUGCCAAAAUUAAAGUUCUGCUUAAGACAAAAUAGUCCCUAUUUUGUCUUGAUACAUUUGAAUUAUUUUUUGUUUCAGUAUAUAUGGCAUAUAUAUUUAGCAAUAUAGCAAAUGGAUAGUCGGCACAAACAAGUGUAGGAAAAAUCUAAAAAUUAUCUUGAAAGAAACAGCUGUGUAUAUUCAUGUGAUGUGCGAAUGUCACAUCUUUUGACCGUCCCUACAUUUUUUGUAAACCAACCAUCUGGAACCAUUGCUCUAUAGAACCUUGCUGGAGGCAAUGCAAACAUCUUUUUAAUUUUUAACAUACAUAGUAAAAGGUAAAAUGCAUUGUUUUUAAAGCACUUACUUAUCUUCAUGAAAUAUCUUAAAUGCCAUAAUGCAACCCUGCCACUGAUGGAGCACGUUGAACCUUUUUUUUCAGAUGUUCUGCUUUACUGGUGUUUUGUUUUUUCCCUUUUUAUCAAGUUUGUUAAAAAUUAAGAAUGGAUUUUUGAAUGUGUGACAGAGCCUGCACCGAUCACGCUUUACCUGUUGCAGGACUCUGUAUAACUCCCCCUUAAAAGAGCUUUAUCACUCCCUGGCUUUGUCCCCUGUUCCAUCCACACUCAUGCAGCGGAAUUCUCUAAUUGCCAUCUGCGGGACUGGGGCAACCGCAACUUCUUCAGAGGGAUUGGUCCUUAAUUGCCUUUAGUUCUAUGUUUGACAGGUGCAAGUUGACUUCUCAGUACAAUAUACAACUAUUGCCGCUGUGUUACCCAGUCCCCCAGGAGAGCACUAAUUGGAGGGGAGAUGAAGAUCAAGAGCAAUUAACAUGCACCGGGAACCAGUAGAAGCCCCCUUUUUUUUCCAUAGUAAGUAGGGCUCCUUUUCAGGGACCAGCCCUUAGCCGGUAGCAGCCUGGAACACUGCACUUUUGGACAUCUGCACAUGGUAAUUGGUUCUGUCCAGGGAUGUAUAAUUUGUCAAUAUACUGUUGAAGUAAUGUUUUUGGAAUUACUGUUUAAGGCGCCCUGUUGUCUGGAAAUUAUUAAAAACUAUCCCAGUUAAUUGAAUUGAACUUUGAAGGAGGUAGACAGCCUGAGUACUGAAGCUCCAUCACAACAUGGACUUUGUAGACCGAGUGCCAGCUCACAUGACUAAGUUAAUCCUAUCGGAGUUCUUGACCAAGAAAUAGUCAACUUUGAACACCAACACCACAAGGAGAGAAUUUUAAUCCCCAAUGUUUCAGAAUUAAAAAGGGAAAUAGUUAUAUAUUAAAGAGCAAAAAAUGGGUCGCAAGAGUAUUCUGAGGACGGACAGCAGCUAAAAUAGCCUGCCCUUCGGUGGGUCCCCGCUCAGAACUCAAGCUGGUUUUAGCUCAACUUGUGCCAUUACAGAGAGAACAUAUCUGAAGUAUAUCAGACUGGUCCCACCCAUACGGGCAGUCCAGAUCCGAAAUGCCAGCAAGUUCUCUCUGCACGAGAGAUAGCAACCCCAGACGAUCGCUUGCCUUGGGCAUCGCGUGCCUAGGGAGAUAUCAGCUAUGCCUCACUGAUGAUGCCUAACAGGGCUGAAACGAUCGUCUGGGGUUGCUGUAUCUCUCGUGCAGAGAGAACUUGCUGGCAUUUCGGAUCUGGACUGCCCGUAUGGGUGGGACCAGUCUGAUAUGCUUCAGAUAUGUUCUCUCUGUAAUGGCACAAGAUGAGCAAAAAUCAGCUUGAGAACUGAGCGGGGACCGACCGAAGGGCAGGCUAUUUCAGCUGCUGCCCGUUCUCAGUAUUCUCUUGCGACCCAUUUUUGACUCUCCAGUUAUAUAUUAAACCAACUUGUAGGGUGUGUUUUUUAUUUAUUUUAUUUUUUUCAGAGGGGCAAGUCCAUUCCAACCCCAAACACUCUGAAUGAUAUGGAGUAUCUGACCAGUACAUGUUUUGGAAAGUACCAUGCAUACCUUGCUAAUAAAGUUAUGGAUAUCAUACUGAAAAUAUACGUAAUAUAGCAUCAGUGUACAUUAUUCUGUAAUGAAUGUGUAUAAGUUUUUAAAAACUCGUUUUAGUGCUAUUUUUGGAUUAUCCUUGCUCCAUGGCAGGAGCAAUUUUUUGCAAGGUAAAACUACUUAUGUGCUAAGAACGCUGUUAAUUUUGAGAUUAACUGAACUAAAUGCAUUAAAAAGAAAAGAAUGUAAUCUUUUAUUAAUAAUUUAAAAAAAAAUAUGAAUAUAUCCUUCAAUCGUAAAUAACACUGGAGUAGUUUUACAUAUUUUUAUUUUUUUUUUGUUUUACAAAAAGGUUUUUUUUCAUGGUUUUUUUUUGUGUUUUUUUUUUAAACGGUUUGUUAUUCUGAGCCCUUUUUGUUUGUUUGUUUUUUUCGUUAUGAUCACGCAGGUAGUGAAUGGACCCCGGAUAUCUGUCCACACAUCAGAUACUGAGAGUCGCCUUGUGAUUCAGCAAGUGUGUGAAGAAGAUGCUGGCUGUUAUACUUUGUGUGUGCAAGACCAGGCUGGAAGCAUACAGCAUCAAACAAGCCUGGCGGUUGUAGGUAAGCAGGGUGAAACGUGACUAAUCUAAUGCAUCUAUUUGGAAUACAGACACCGCUGUCCUGUGCACUUAACAAAAACAUGCUAAAGAGAGACACAAUGCACCAAAACAAUGUUAGGUUAAUAAAGUGACUUUUGUGUGUAGAUUGUGUCGUUGGAGUCUCAAUGUUCUAUUCUCCAUCAUUUAGGACUUUGAUUUAUGCAGCCUUAGUCACACCUCCCUUGGCCGAGACUCCGUCUCCCUACACACCUCCUGAAAAAUAGUCUACAUUUAUCUUCCCUUAUUGCACAGUGUGUUUAAUUUAAGGCUGUUAAUUGCCUGUUUGAUCAUGCACGGGAAACCGCUGUACACUCAAAGUUCAAUUAACAUGGCAAGGGAUAAGCAUAUCUAUUGUAAACAUACUGUUCUGUAAGAUCUGCUUAAAAAUGUAACCAUUUUUUCAUGGAGGCAGUGUGAGUAACAACCAUGGGAGGUGUAGCUAGGGCUACACAAGAAGAAACAAAGUUAUUUAACUCCGGAAUGAGAUUGGAACAGUAAGUCUGCUAAUGCAUGAUCUAUACACUGCUUCGUUAAGCUAAAAAAAAAUGUUUUGGUACGUAGUUUCCAUUUAAGCUUUUGUGUGUGUUUGUUUCACUAUACCCUGUUGCUACUUUCUUCUUAAUGCAUAAUUAUGCAACUUUCUGUGUGGAAUUCAGGUGGUAAAAUAACCUAUAUCAGGUGUUCUUGUUAGAGGAACUUUCCUUUUGCCAUGUCUCGGAGAAGAGGCUUCCAUUGUCCAUUCUAACCCAUGGAAGAGUGCUUUAGCAAUGCCAUGGAUAUGGGCAGCCAUUAAAUGGCUCCACAGACUAGAUGCUUGUUAUCCUGGUGUACAUGCCAGUUCAGGGACAUACGAAUCAGUGGCACCACACCACCUUACUCCAUCUCUAGAGAUCUAGUCUUGGGAUGAGACUUACCUAAGACAUACAGACAUUCCGGAAUAUUUUUUUUUUUCAAUUAAAGCAAGGGAUAGCUACAUGGUCAAACCUCUUCUAAAGUAAGUAAUUAUUAAUUGGUUUUGGUUAGAAUAACCGUUUCUGAGGUAGUCCAUCGUAAAUUAAACGUAAAGUAAACUGUACCACCUUUUCGUAGCCUAGUCAAAGUUUCUCUGCAGCCUGAUCCUCCUCGACUGACGUCACUCAGCCGAGGAUCAUCAGGGAGGUUGGAGUGAAGGGAGGGCAUGCUCUGGUGCCAGAUGCCAAUUUUGCACAGAUUUCACAAUAGCUAACCCUGAAGUUUGUUCAGGGCUGGUUACAUGCUGCACAUGUCAUGUGCCCUUAAGGGGUUAAAGCAAGUAUAAAAGCCAUUUGAAGGAUCGCCUCUUGACCCAUAUAGACCUUUGCAUAUUCUGGCUUCUAUUAUUAGGUCCGUAACCUUAACAGUUUCCAUACGUGGAUGUAAAAUUGUUAGCACUUCAUUCUAUUGGACUUCUCCUUCCCAAAUAUAGUACCAUCUUCUUUCAUAUCCUUCUUUCUUACCUUUCAUAAGGCAUACAACUUCUACUUUUUCCUCAUUUUGGUUUCAUGUAAACUUGUGACUUUAAAUUUCAGUGUCUACAGGAGGGAUCUUAACAAGAAAUCUAUAAAUGGCAAUCAUGGUCUAUUGCAUGAUCUUAUUAGCAGAAUUGCAAUCGCUAUUGAAUAUACGUGUGAAAUCUGUCCUUUCUAUAUGUGGAGGAAAGCCAUAGCUCAUUGGGCAUUUUUUAACAUUGAUUUAAUAUAGCUUUUCAAGCCUUGACAUAACAUAUGGCUAUUUUAAAUGUAAUUGUCACAGUUCUUUUUAUUGCCCAGGUUAUUACACAGCCUGGUAAGGCCCAUAUGGUGGAGAGGGAUACUUUCACAGUCCCUCUCCUCUUCUCAGUGUCGUCACGGCCUGCCAAAACCUUCGAAUUUUGGGAGCGUUGCUAUAGAAUUCAAGUUACCGACUAUAUAAAGGCACCAUAGAGCAAGGAUCAUUGCCCUGUUGUGGUUCUAGUUUUGGUGCCCAAUAAUGCUCUGUGUUUCUGGUAUAUAGAUCUUGGCUAUUCUGACAUUUCUCCAUCCUGUAAUACUGUGACUCGACUUUUUUUGUUUUUGUUUUUUGUUUUUCCUACCUGAUUUCUGUUUUCCCUGACUCUGCUUGUCCGUGACCAUUCUCUAGCUAACCAUGUUAAACCCGGCCACUCUAGAACCGGUAUGCAUUGUCACAUCUGUUAUCAUAUAAACACUGCGUGAUAUCGUGACAGUAGUAUACAGCUAAUUUAGUCUUCCUUUUCAGCUUCAAAUGUUGAGGCAUUGCUCCAAGUUUUUAAUUUACAUUUUUUUUAAAAUCUAUGUAAACUUUACAUAUGUACCUGCAACUGUGACUUUAUAUACUGUUUUAUUUAUUUUUUUGUCUUUAAGAUAAAAUGUGCAAGAGUUUUACUAUAUCUACUCAUGUACGUGUCAUUUCAAAAUGUUAAAGAACCACUGUAACCUCAAUUUUAAUUUUUAAUGUUUUUAGUGUAAUGAUCAGGAUUGAAAAGAAAUGUGUAAAUAUAGAUUUUUAAAAUUAAGUAUAUGUAAAAAAAAAUAAAGAAGUUAUGCCUACCUUAUAUGCCAGUAUAUGACCGGAUCCCUCAGCCAUAUACAUGCAUCUUUGGUCAGACUGUGUAUACAAACCAACAGUUAGUCUCUAUGGUCUUCCCCACUACUGUGCACGGAGUGAAGCUGGCAAAACCAUAGAGACUAACCAUUUUAAAACACUGUCUGACCAAAGGUGUAUGUAUAUGGCUGAAGGAUCCUGUCCUAUACUAAAAGCAGGAAGGAUUUUUUUUUCUUCUAUUUUCCAUAUACUUCAUUUAAAAAUAAAUACUCACAUUUCCUUCCAAUACCUGAUGAAACAAUUGUUAUAUUAAAAAUAUUUUUGAGGUGACCGUUGUCCUUUAAAACCACAAUACCACAUGUCAGUAACUCUUGGUCAAAAAUGUUCUCGUUAUAUGCAGCUGUCUUGAUUGAGGCAAAACUUUAGUAUUUCUGUGGAAAAAUUUAUGAUUUUCAAACAGUUGUCUUGUAAACGAAGGCAUUUUUUACUCACUGUUACAUUUUGGCACUUUGCUAUGAUUCUGCAUUAAUAUUAUUAGCUUGUUGACUUGAAUAUAAUUUCUGAAAUGUUAUUUUAAAUAAACAUUUUCUUGCUUGCUCACAGAGCCACCCUCACCUCCAUUGGGGAAGCCAAUAAUUUCAGCUCUAAAUUCCACCUCUCUUACACUAUCGUGGUCAGGACCAUGUUAUGAUGGUGGCAGUGCAGUGCUGAAUUAUUGGGUUGAAGUGAAAGCUAUUGGUCUGAAGGCGGAAGAUUGGCAAGUUCUUGCAGACCAUUGUGUGGACACCACCUAUCAAGUCACUAAGGGACUGGAGUCUGGCAUUCAAUACAAGUUCCGUGUACGGGCUGCAAAUAUCUACGGAGUGAGCAAGGAAGGAGAAGAGUCUGACGUGGUCACCAUGGCCUGCAAUGGAGGUUAACUCAUGAAGAUUAUAUCAAACUGAGGGUUCUAAAAUGUGUUUCGAAUUUCAGAUAAAGUGAUAUUUGGAUUUAAAGGUUUAAAAGGGAUUUAAAGAUAUAAAGGAGAUGAUAUUGUGUAUUGACUAGGCCAAGGAUGGCUGAUUGUGGCACUCCAUAAAGUUUGUGGACUGCAAUUUUUUUAAUGAUGCGGUCAAAAUCAUGGCCAAAACUAGCCAGAAAGGGGGUUGUGAGUGAUCCAGAACCUUAUGGAAAAUAACAAUAAAUUAACUCCAGGGAGUGGCCCAUUUUGUGUUCAGAAUGUGACUUCUUGUCCAUUUUCCUUUUACAGAUGUGGAGUCAGAUUAUGAGGAACCCAUAAAGUACACUAAAGUCUCCAUCAACUCCACAGGCCGUGUGAGCGAUUUCUACAGUCAGCUGGAGAAGCUGGGAGUGUGAGUGCUCUCUCAAGCUGGGUGUUUGGGGUUUACUAAUUUGUGAUGAAUUAAGUUCUGGGUCUGUGAGUGAGAGUGAUCCCGCAAUGAAUGACCAUAGAUCUCUUACAGUAUUACUGAUAUAAGUAUUAAAGGGGCACUCUAAACACCAUAAUGACUACAUUUUAUAGUUCAGUCUGUAGGUGCAGUGUCUUUGAUUUGUAUGACGUUGUUUAAGAGCAGUUUGACAAAAACUGCUGGGCCCCAAUAAUAUAGCAAUGAAUGUACACAUGUUCAACUUUGGGCAACCCUCGAGGAAAACCCACAUUAGCAGAGUCAAAGAAAACUGACUGGGCUGUUGACAUGAACUAGGGGGUGGUGUAUUCUGGUUUUGUGCUGCCCUAGGCAUGACAACUCAGGUGUCCCCCCCUUCCUGACAGACACACACCCUCACUGAUGCAUGCACUGACAUACUCACAGUCAUUGUCACACAUUGUUAAACACACACUUUCGCUGAGACAUACACACUCGCUCAUUCAGUUACACACACCCUCACAUUCACGGACAGACACACACACAUAUGCACUCGCCAACAGAUACUUGCCAUUAUUUAAAAAAAAAAGAAAAUUAAGUUUCAAUCCACCCAGCCUCCUACCUUUGGGAGUGCUGGAAUGGGUUUUUCCCUGUGGUCCAGUUUGGCUGGCUGCAGCGUGGCAGGCAGGCGGUCUGGCAGACAGGUGAGCUGUGGAGGCGGGUGACGAGGUAACUCUGAUCCUCUGCUCAGCUCCCUCACGCACCUCUUAGUGAUCCCGGAGUGACGUCAUACUCCUGGUCCGGCAUCACUGCUGUGUGUGCGAGAGCUCAGAGGAGAGUGCUCCAUCGCCGCCCACAACAUCAGUGCAUGCCAGCCUCGGGGGGGGGGGGGCCUGAGGUGGCCAGCCGGCCAGCUCCUGGGCCCCCUAGAACAAGAGGCUGGCAAGGCAUUUGCCAUGGUGAUUGGGGGGCGGCUUCUUUUGACACCCCCCCCUGAAAGUGUCGCCCAAGGCAUAUGCCUUGUCAGCCUUGCGGUAAAUACACUGCUGACUGGGGGGGUAUUUCAUAUACAGACUCUGUGUACCAAAUCCAUACAGUUAGAUGUAGUGGUUAUGGUCAACAAUUGGUAACUAUAAACCCAUCAUUAUUUGUAUUUAUUUUUUUAUGGCAUUGCCAUACCUUGCCAACUAUUGCUCUGUUCAUUCUUUUGUAACAUUGGAAUGUAUUAAAUGAAGUUAGAAACAGUUGGGAGUUUUAUGACUGUCAUAUAGCUUCCUGCCCCCUGGUGUAACAGAAAAUGUUAGGUUUAUAUCUGGGGUCAAUAUCUAUCUAGAGAUUGCUAGUGCCCAGCGAAGUUACUGCAAUGAAGCACACACUGUCGUUCCGUUCAGAGAAUGCACCUUAAUAAAACUCUUAUAUGUAAAUAUGUGGAUGCUUUGUUCAAACAAAUUGAAACAUUUAGGCAAAAAUAGCUUGCACAAAUUCUUCAACUUGUUUACAGUCACAACUUGCUAAUUUUAGCCUGAAUUUUGCAAUUUCUGAGUGAAUAGCAGGUGCCUUCUGUGCUGUGUCCAGAGGGGGGAGUGUGUGUGUGUGUGUGUGUGUGUGUGUGUUAUAUUAUUUUUUACUUUUAUACUUCAGAUUAAUAGUUCAUACACUUGUCCUUAUAUACAUAAUAUUCACAUUUUGUCAUAUUUAUUUUUUUAAAUAUUCUUUACUACAUUUUAAUAAGUCCUGUUCUCCCAUAUGAAAUCAACUUAAAUUUCAGUGUAUACGCAUUUCAUUUGGAAUUUAAAUCAAAUCAUGAAAUUUCUUUUUCAAAGCAGGGGUACUUGGGGAUUUUUUAAUUUUAAUUUUAUAAAAAAAAUUUUUUAUUCAUUUAUUUAUUUUUUAAUCCUGCAGAGGUACUUCUCCUUAAUAGUUUGAGAAACCGUCCUAUAGAGUACAAGAAAUGUGUUCACUUUGUUUUCAGAUAUUGUAUACUGCCACCAUGUGGCAAGUCCAUAUAUCCAUUGUCUCGUACUUUAAAGUGACAAUUUCCUUCUAAAAACAAAAAUGUAUAAAAUGCCCCCAAUAUAUUGUAAUGCAUUUUUCCCCCUUUUCUUAACAUUCUCCCCUGUUUUUGUCAAUAUUAUAUGCUUUUCCCUGCAUCUCCCGGAUUCCUUUUUGGGUCACUUCAACCUCACCCUGUAAUUGUUUUUUUUUUCUUUUUCUUUUUUUUUAAAACCUUUUUCUUUAUUUCAACCCCUUAAGGACACAUGACAUGUGUGACAUGUCAUGAUUCCCUUUUAUUCCAGAAGUUUGGUCCUUAAGGGGUUAAGGAAUGUAUUUUUUCAAUUUUAAUUAAUUUUUUCUAAGCCUUGAGGAUUAGAACAAAGUCUGAUCUGUGCUUCUUUCUCCAUUUCCAAUCUAUGUUCCAUUUUCUCACAGGGGUAAGUUUGGACAGGUGUACAAGCUACAAGAGAAGGCUACUGGUAAAAUACUGGCUGGAAAAUUCUACAAGACACGGUCAAAGAAAGACUUGGAGAAUGCUAAAGCAGAAGUAGAGCUGAUGAACAAGCUCCAUCACCCCCGUUUGGUGCACUGCGUGGAUGCAUUCUUAGAGCCUGGUCGUGUGGUCAUGGUAAUGGAAUUGUGAGUGUUUCCAGUUCAAGCAAUAUACGUGUGUGCUCACUCCUCCUGUGUUCGUUUACAGUAUACCUACAAAUGCAUUCUGUUGGUAACCCUUGAUUUUCUACCUGCUUCCAUCUGUCUCCUGUUCUCUUCACUUCCGUUUUGCUUGCUAUAUCCUUUAACGAUUAUAUCCUUAUAUUCUUUUUCUACUGUAUCUUUUCCCCUGCUCGCUUUCCAUUCCAUUGCUGGACUAUCUUUUUAUUCCCACUUUUCUGUAGUCGGGUUCUCAAUCUGUUUCCUCUGUUUUGUAGUUUGGAUCUAUUACUGCCCCUAUAUUCUGUAGCUAAACUUUGUUUUCAUUAGAAUUCCAGUUUCCCCUAUGCAUGCUUUCUUUGUGCUCCCCCUAUUGCCUCGAUUUUCCUCCUCCAUUUAAUCUCUUAUGUCUCUGCAUUUUUUACAUCAUUCCAUUGCUGUUUUUCUGUCUUUUAUCUUUGUUUUGUUUUUUACCCAUAUACUUUUCUAAACUGCAUACUUCAUUCUUUCUCUAAAUUCUGUUAUCUUCGUAACAUCAACACAUUCCCAUCAACCUUGCCUCUUAUUUGUUUUUUUUGCUAUUUUUUUUUUUUUUUACUGCUAUAGCUCCUAAAUUAAUUUCUCUCCCUUGACUUGACUUGUCUUUGCAGUAUCGCAGGAGGAGAACUGUUUGAGCGGAUUGUUGCAGAUGAUUUUGAGCACACCGAGGUCAUGUGUGUUCAGUACAUGUCCCAGAUUCUAUCCGGAGUGGGGUACAUGCACAAGCAGAGAAUAGUCCACUUGGAUCUCAAACCCGAAAACAUAGUCUGUGUCAACAAAUCCACCACUAGAGUGAAGAUCAUAGACUUCGGCCUGGCAAAGGAACUAGGUUAGACAGAAGCAAAGUAUUUCUUCUGAAUCAUUUUAUUGUCCUUGCUGAGAUAAAAAAAAAAAAGCUGUACAUUCUCGUUGGAGGCAGAUAGGUCUGCAUAUCAGUCCAAUAUGUUAUCCGGUAUCAAAAAAUGGUUCUCAAACCAAGACUGAUCUAUAUCAUAGAGAGCUAACCAUGCCACAUCCCUCGGUAUCGAUCAAGAGAGGUGCCUGUCUAUAGUAACAUUAGAAAACGCAGUAUUCUAAUCAUAUGCAGUAUUUAUACUGUGCAUUCAUUGGGAAAUUCAAAAGGUAGGCUUUAAUGCUAAACAAGUUGCAGGUCCAAGUUAACCUUUGUAGCACAGAUUGAACAUCCUAUAAAGAUGAUUGCUAAUUGAUAUGGAACCUUCACGUUCUAUCUUAGUUCAUAAAGUCUAUCCUAAGUGUGGGCAAUAAGUUGAGUUUCUUAAAGGGAUACUCUAGGCACCAGAAACACAACCGCUUAAAGGACCACUAUAGUGGCAGGAAAACAAACUUGUUUUCCUGGCACUAUAGGGUCAUUAGGUCCUCCCCACCAUCAGGAUCCCCUUUGGCCACUUACCUGUCUCCAGCGCCGGGCUCCCUUGGCGCUGGUGACAUCUCCUCCCCCUGCCGACGUCUGGUGACAUCUCCUCCCCCUGCCGAAUGUGCAUGUGCGGCAAGAGAGGCGUGCGCAUUCAAACCGCCCAUAGGAAAGCAUUACUCAAUGCUUUCCUAUGGACGUUGAGCGUCUUCUUACUGUGAUUUUUCACAGUGAGAAUCGAGGAAGCGCCUCUAGCGGUGGUCAGUGAGACAGCCACUAGAGGCUGGAUUAACACUCAGUGAAACAUAGCAGUUUUUCUGAAACUGCUAUGUUUUCAGCUGCAGGGUUAAAACUAGAGGGACCUGGCACCCAGACCACUUCACUAAAAAUGAAGUGGUCAGGGUGCCUAUAGUGGUGCUUUAACAUAGUGGUUUUAUGGCAAAGAGUCUACACUACUGAGCUUGCAGGGACAAACACUGCCUUUUUCUGAGAAUAGGGAGUGUUUACAUUGCUGCCUGACACCAACUCUAAUGGCUAGAACUCGAACAGCCACAAGUGGCUUCCUUUUUACAGUCCUGCAAUUCUUACAUUCUGCAUAUUCACUCUCUGCUUGGAGAGAGACAGAGUGCUUUCCAUAGAGAUGCAGUGAUUCAAUGCAUCUCUGAGAAGAUACUGAGUGGCAAAGUACGUCUAUUGCUGUACAUAUGCACUUCCUUAUGGCAAAGUAUUGGAUUGGGUGAGAUCAUCAGUAACCAUGAUCUCAACCAGAGGAGGAGUGACAGCUGCAACAAGACUGCUACACCAGGGGACUAAAGGUAAGCUAUAAACAUAUUUUCUUACUUCUUGGAGGGACCAGUACUCUUACUGGUCAUAUCACACUCUGACAUUAGAAAUACGUGACUGCAUUUCUAACAUUAGAGUGUUCCUUUACGAAGAAAUCUUUGAACCUUUUUUUCCAAAAGCAAGUAUAUUGUUAUUAUUUUUUGGGGGGGGAGGGGUUGCGCAGUUUAUGGUAUUUAUGCUGCAUAUUCACACUGAAACUUCAUUAUGCUCAGAAAUAAUCUUUGUUUUCCUUUCCACCUUAGCCUCUGGCAUUCCCUUGACUGUAUUAUAUGGCACCCCUGAGUUUGUGGCCCCGGAGGUUAUCGCCUUUGAACCUGUGGGAUUCACCACUGACAUGUGGAGUCUGGGAGUUAUCUGCUACAUCCUGUACGUGAGAUUUAAAACCAGUAAAUUUAUUAGCCAUUUAUUAUUAUUAUUAUUAUUAUUAUUAUUGACAUUUAUAUAGCGCCAACAGAUUCCGUAGCGCUUUACAAUAUUAUGAGAGGGGAGAAUUAAUUAUAAAUAGGACAAUUACAAGAAAACUUACAGGAACGCUAGGUGGAAGAGGACCCUGCUCAAAUGAGCUUACAGUCUGUAGGAGGUGGGGUAUAAAACACGUUCUGACAGGAGAUAGCAAUUAAAUAAGGUGGAGUGAAGCAGAGAUGGAGGAGAGAGUAGAGUGCUGCCCUUUUAGGAGAGAGCAAGAGACAAGUAUGUAAAGUAGAGGUCACUCUGGGAGGCUGUAAGCUUUCCUAAAGAGAUGGGUUUUAAGGCACUUCUUAAACGAUUGAAGACUAGUUGAGAGUCUGAUGGCGGUGGGCAGGCUAUUCCAAGCAUGAGAAGGCCGUAUGGGUGCAAGCAGCGGACAGGAAAAGGUCACGGGCAGAGCGGAGAGACAGAGAAGGGGCAUACUUAUGGAUCUGUGAAGAGAUAUGAGGGGCUAGAGUUGGUCAGUGCUUUAUAUGUAUGGGUUAGCAGUUUGAAUCGACUUAUAUAGGAUACAGGAAGCCAAUGUAAGGACUGACAGAGGGGUGAGGUGUGAGAGACUGACUAGAGAGGAAAAUCAGUCUGGCAGCAGCAUUCAUUAGACUGUAGCGGAGCAGUACGGUUUUUGGGAAGACUAAUUAGGAGCAAUAAUCCAUGCAGGAAAUUACUAGAGCAUGGACAAGCUCCUUGGUAGCAACUUGCGUAAGAAAGAGACGUAAGUGGGCUAUGUUUUUAAGAUGGAAUCUACAGGAUUUGGCAACAUAAUGGAUGUGAGGCUCAAAGGUGAGGCCAGAAUAAAGUUUGAUGCCAAGACAGCGUGCUUGCAAGGAUGGACUUAUGUGGAUACCACUAACUUAAAGGGAGAGCGAAAAAGGAGGAUACGUUUUAGAGAGAUUGUUUCAGAAAGCGGGAGGACAUCCAGUCAUAGAUGGAAGAAAAUCAAGCAGUGACACGUUGCAGGAUGGCAGGGGAGAGGUCCGGGGAGGAGAUGUAUAUUUGAGUGUCAUCAGCGUACAGAUGGUAGUGGAAUCCAAAUGAGGUAAUAAGUUUGCCAAAAGAGGCAGUAUAAAGAGAAGAUAGAAGGGGACCAAGGACAGAGCCUUGGGGGACUCUAACCGAGACAGGGUGAAAAUGAGACACUAAAUGAGUGUUGGGAGAGAGAAGCUGAAAACUACGAGAGGACAGAGUCACAGAGACCGAGUGAUUGAAGAGUUUGAAGAAGGAGAGCAUGAUCAAUGGUGUCAAAGGCAGCAGAGGUCAAGAAUUAGUAUGGAGUAGUGGCCUUUGAAUUUAGCUGCAUUAGUAACUUUGAUCAGAGCAGUCUCAAUAGAGUGGAGAGGGUGGAAGCCAGGUUGAAGAGGGUUAAGGAGAGAGAGUUGGUAUUGAGGAAGUGAAACAUACGGGUUAAGACAAAUCUUUCGAGAAGCUUUGAGGAAAAAGGGAGCAGGGAUAUGGGAUGAUAGUUCGAGGGGGAGGAGGGGUCAAGAGAUGUUAUUUUCAAAAUAGGUACUACAGUGGCAUGUUUAAGGUCAGCAGGGACAACGCCAGGAGAGAGAGAGCAGUUGAAGAGGUGUGUUAAGGAAGGCACAAGACGGGGGGGGGGAUAGCGAUCUGAUAAGGUGAGAUGGAACAGGAUCGAGCGGGCAAAAGGAAAGGAGACGCGCCGCCACCUCUUGUUCAGUAACCGGGAAGAAAGUCUGAAGGGUAGGAAAGGCAUGAUCAACAUGUGGUUGAGAAGGAGAAUUCUUUCCUUAGCUGUUCAAUCUUGUCGGUAAAGUAGCAUGCAAAGCUAUCGGCUGUAAGGUUAGUUUGGGGAGUGGCCACAGCAGGGUGAAGAAGAGAGUUAAAGGUGCCAAAGGGAUGCCUGAGAUUGCGGUAGCAUGAGCUAAUGAGAGAGGGAAAAGUAUGACUGUUUGGCUAGGGCUGCGCUGUAUGAACACAAUCUGAAUCUAUAAUGGAGAUAGUCUGCCUGAGUGCUAGACUUCCUCCAGGAGCAUUCAGCACAACGGGAGCAUCUUUGCAGGUAGUGUGUUGAUUUAGUAUGCCAUAGUUGGAGGCGUGUCCUCUUCGAGGUGCAUGUUUCUAGCGGGGCUGCAACAUUCAAGACAGAGGUGAGGGUAGUGUUAUAUGCGGUGACUGCCAGUGAGGGACAGGAGAUGGAAGGAAUGGAUAGCAGUUGUGAAUCAAUAUCAGCUGACCGCUGCUGGAGGUUAAUAGAAUUAAGGUUCCUCCUGAGUUGAGGAGGAUUAGGCUGAGGUUGUUGGGUGAAGGGGUACUUGUGAGCAAACGAUAAGAGAUGCUGAUCAGAGAGAGGAAAUGGAGUGUUGCAGAUAUUAGAUACUGUACAUGCAUAAGAGAAAAUGAGGUCAAGGGUAUUGCCAGCUACAUGGGUGGGAGAAUUAACCCACUGCUAUAGCCCAAGGGAGGAAGUAAUUGAAAGUAGUUUAGAGGCUGCUGAGGUCAAAGGUGGGUUAAUGGGAAUAUUGAAGCCCCCCGAGAAUUAGGGAUGGAAUAUUAGAAGAGAGGAAGUAUAGUAGCCAGGCAGCAAAUUGGUCAAGGAAGAGGAGAGAGGGAAGGGUGAGGGGGGUAGAGGUUUGAAGGCGCAGCACAGUGAGAGGAGAAACACUACACCACCACCUUUACAUUCAGUGUCUUGGGCUGUGGGUAAUUUGUUGACCACCAAAAGAUAAAGAUGCAGAGGUCGUGGACAGCAGUGGAUUUUGUAAUAUUGCAAACGGAGUGUGCUUUCCAGAGGGCAGUAUUGAAGGAGGAUUUAGAGGGAGAGUAACAUGAGAUUAAAGUGGUUCCUUGAGUUAGUAAUUGGCGGGUUUGCUGAGAUGGGACCGGGGUUUGGAGAGACCUCUCCAGCUGCUAGGCGCAGAAGGAUAAAGGAAGUGAAGGUGGGAGUAGGAUUUGAAAGUUUUUGUUGGAGAGAAAAUAAAAAUAAAAAAUAUAUAUAUUAUUAUUUUUUUUUUAUAUGUGUGUGUAUGUAUAUGAUUUGGGAGGAGUUGGAGGAGAUAGGCUGGAAAUGUAUACUUAGAGUGCAUGGGAUGAAUAGAGAGGGGAGUAAAGUGGAAGCAAUGAAGAUGGUGUUGCCAGAGACAGGUGGGCAGAAGGAUAGGGAUAUUUUAGUAAUGAGAGAAGUUAGUGUGAAAGUGAAAAAUAGAAGGGAGAACCUUAUUUAGAGGAAAAUGUGUUUUUGUUAUAUAGAUAUGAAUAUUAUACAUAUGCACAUAUAUACACACAUACCUAUGAGUGUUUAAACCAGGUUUAAGGAUGCAGUUUGUUAACAGAGGAUUUCAAGUGAGGAGAGGUUUAGUGACUUGAUUGUGCAGAUCAGCUGCUUUUCAAAACACACCAAUCUAUAAGUAUGGUAAUGAUGGUGGGUGGGCAGCCUUCCAGAGAUGAUACCUCUGCUUAGGCAUUUCUGCAAAGCUACUGGGUGUUGAUAAUCAAUGCUGUUAUUAGGGUUAUAAUAUAAGGUUUGGGGCUAGAAGAAAAAAACACCAUUAUGGGUGGGGAGACAUGAGGGAGAUAUUGAGGUAAUUGGGAUGAAAAACCAGAGUGUAUAACAUUUGGGAUAAAAAGAUACGAAGGAUCAGCUAGGUGAAAGUCAUAAACAGUGAACAUAAAUUUACAAGACUAUCUGUGAAAGAAGUAACACUAGCAAAACAAACAAUUGACAAAGUCAUGCAGAAUGAACAUGAAACAACAAGACUAUAAAUGCACCAACUGUAAAAAAAAAAAACAGAAGAUCAGGAUGGGAGAUAUAAUGGUUAUCAAUUAAGUAGUGAGAACAUAUGGAGGGAGUUGGAAUAGAACGUUAAUAGAAUGUUAAAUUAAGAAAUAAAGGGAAACAAGUAGUACAUGGAAUUUUCCCAAGUUUAUAAAAGCUAUACAAGUUUUUAAAAUCCAUAAGCCAAGGUUCUGAGGACAGGUGUUGGAUACAGGUAUAUGUAUAUAUCAUUUUUUUAGCUGUAUACGCUACUAUCCUCCUUGUCUGCAUCCUUUGGUAUUGAAUUCUUUCAAACAAAUGUGCAAAUUAUAUCGCACUGAUUCACACAUAUGCAUGUUUCCUAUGCAAAGCACAGAGGCAUGCAUGGUAGCACUCACAAGGAGCAUUCACAUGGAAGUUGAUGCAAGUUCUAAUGGGUAUGGGAAUAGCUCUUGCAAACAGAAGGUGGAAGUGAAGCAACAUUCUGUAGAUCUUGGCAGGUCCAGGUGCUCUUUAAGGUGUUCUUUAAAUCCGAUAACAAGCUGUUUUUGGAAGAAUAGUUAAAGUAUUGAGCAUAUAUCGUUUGUUUGCCGUAUUUGUUGGUUUUUCAGUACCAUGUUUCUCAUACUUGCUGUAAGUACAUAUUUUAGACCAUUCUCCUGGAACCAGACACCACACCAUUGGCAUAAUACCCACACAGUGAUAUGGACGUGUGUGGGGGUUUUUUUGUUUGUUUUUUAACACCUUUUAUUUGACGUUCUUCUUUAUUCCAUGUUUUAAACUCUCAUAUUUUCUCUUACUCCACAGAGUAAGUGGGGAUUCACCAUUUCAGGGUUCCAAUGACACAGAGACUUUGCAGAAUGUUACAUCUGCCUGUUGGGAUUUCGAUGACGAAACAGAUGCUAUACUGUCUGAGUCAGCAAAGGACUUUAUCAGGCGACUGUUAAAGAAAAAUAUGAGGUGAGCAAAGUGACUUUGGGAGGUUGAGAAAACCGGAGAAGGUUUCUGUUUAUUUUUUCAAAGGAAAACUGUUCUUCUAAAUCACUCUUACUCAAUAGGUCUCGUCUCACCGUUGACCAGGCACUGGAUCAUCCCUGGCUCAAGGACCAAGAUGUUUCUAACACCACGAAGUUGUCAAAGGAACGUAUGAAAAAGUUCCUGGCAAGACAAAAAUGGCAGGUCUGUCUAAGCAAAUCUCCCUGGAAAAUGAAUCAAACAGACUUGGGAACAUAUGUCUUGUAAUUUCGCGUAGAUUGGACUGUGGGCAUCUUUCAAAUUCCCAAUUUUCCAAGUUACUAAAAAUAAUGCCAAUGUCUCAAAAAUGGAGUCUCUGUUAGUGGACUUUUCUGAGUUUGUGGUGAUGGGGAUUAUUUGUUGCAAAACCCUGGGACCUUUAGCUGCUCUAGUGAACGACCUACAUCCUUUCUGGAUUCAACUGAACAAAAUGUUUUGUCCAUACUGCUUUCUUCCGGUAAUCCUUGUGUCACACAUUUAAAGGGACACAAUAGGUACUAUAACCAUUUAGUCUCAUUGAAUUGGUUAUAGUGCCAUUCUUGGUGCCCCUGGUGCCAUUCUUCCAUUCAAGGUUGAAUCAUUUUUAGGAAUUAACACUGAAUUAAGUUUCUGUGGGGUGAACCAUAACUUGAUUAAAAAAAAACAAAAAAAAACACCACUUAACAUCCUUAAUUAGAGUAAUACAUGUUCAUCACCUCUCUUAGCAAUAAGGUAACAUUUUCAUCAAACUUCUGCCUUUUAGAGCAUUUUUUUCAUGUUUGUGGUGGGUUAAACAAUCACCACUUUUCUCACAAUAUCCUCUUUCGUUACCAUGGUACUGUAGUGAAUCACCACAAUCUGAUCCAAAUCUUUCUCUCUCUCUGUCACUCCUGAACAGAAAACUGGUAAAGCUGUACUGGCUCUAAAACGGAUGGCACAUCUCCGCUCGAAGUCGGACACAAGUGCAUCUCCGUCCCGCACAGAAGGUAUAGCAAACUUAUGUGGGAAAUUAGCUUUCAUUUCUGGCAAAUAUAACAUAAACUACUUUGCAAAAAUCUCUCCGUAUUUUGUAUAACUUAAUAGAAAUUGAAAUUACCACCCUCUGCCAGGGUAACCAUCUUGACUGUAGUCCUUGAUAGCUCAGGAAGUUGUCCAGUUGUAACUUGUCAGAUCACAGCAAGUUUGCAUCCCUGGUAGUGUGGCAUAGGGAGUACCAUGCAUCUGAGUUACAUAACAUAAUGGGAAGCGUAUGAUAUAUACAUAUAUAAUCCCAAAUCCUAAUCGCACGGAAGAAAAUAACAGAAAUAACUGUUUAUAUCCUUAGGUGCAAAACCUCAUAAGGCAUUCCCUCAACUGCACUAAAUAAUAAAUAAAUAAAUAAAUAAAUAAAAAAAAUAUAUAUAUAUAUAUAUAUAUAUAUAUAUAUAUAUAUAUAUAUAUAUAUAUAUAUAUAUAUAUAUAUAUAUAUACGAAUAUACUAGAAAGUAUAAUUUACUUAUAAAUCCUUUAUUAAAUACACUAUAAAAGAUACAAAAACAAACUUACAAUAACAAAUGCGACCAAAAAAAGGCACAUGAACAAAUAUGGUCAGUUUAUCAAGGAGGCAGCAGGAGUAUUGCCGAAACGUUGGGGGGGAUUGGUGACUCAUGUUCUGUCCCAUGAGGCUUGUUGUAAGACUGGUGGUAAUUAUAUUUGGACAUGUGCCUAUUUUUAAAAAAAAUUAUUUUUAUUUUUGUCGCUUUAUUGUAUGUUUGUUUUUUUAUUUUAUUUUUUUGUGUGUAUUUAAUAAAGGAUUUAUAAGUAAAUUAUACUUGCUAUCCUUAUCUUGGGGUGUGUGUGUGUAUAUAUAUUGUAAUUUUUAUUGGUACUGUAUUAGCCAGUUAAAUAAUCAUAAGUAAUAGCUUUUAUUGGCUUGUGAAAAAGGGAUAUUUUCAAGUUUACAGGUCACUAGGUCCCUUUGUGAGAAGAUAUCGCAGCUUUUACAAUUCUAUUACCACUGGUUAAAACACUUCCAUGCCUCGCCUGUGAUCGCCUGAGACUUAACACCGAAAAUAAAUGUUGUUUCUUAAAACAAAAUGUUUGUGUUUUUGUGUGUUGAAAAUGUGUGAUUUAAUAUGUGCAUUGUGUACUGAUAUUACAGUAUAAAAGAGAAGUUUAAUAAGGGCAAUGCCUUGGAGAAACAUCUCCACUACAUGUUUUGGUUUGGGGGGUUUUUCUGUUUGGGAAGACUGUUCACUUUGGUCUUGAUAAACAUUUGGUGUUUUGUUUUUUUUCCCCAUUUCAGGUGUAAGUGAUAGUCAAGACGUCUUUAAUCUCCUGCAAGAACAACUCCAGAGGCCUCCUAUCUUCUCUCUCCCUUUGAAGGACCAAGCAGAGGUUGUGGGCAGUAGCGCUUUCCUCCAGUGUAACAUUGAAGGUGAACAUUUAGCAUAUAAGCUACAGUAUGGUAUGCCGACUUUCUAAUAAACAUUUGAUAUGUAAUGGAGCCUUUAGCUCCUCUUUCUGAGAAGUGAAUUGUUACACAUUCAAUCAAAAUAGGAAGUUGUCUCAUCAUCAGUUUAACUCUUUCGUGCUUUGUGACACAAAAUACAAGUCCGGAAAUGUGCCAGGCUGCUGUUGCAGGAACAGAUAUCAAGAGUGUUGAACGUUUAGCUAACUACCAAGCUUAUCUGUGCCUGAGUUGAACUGAUAUGCCAUCUGUAGCAUGAGCCUGUAAAUGGGCAAACCGGGACAAGGGAAACACACGUGCGAGUGAUUGUAUUUGGUAAUCUCUAUAACUGUCCUUAGAAAUCUAGAUUCCAAAAAGAAUCCAAAUGAACACGGAUUGUGAUGAGUAAAACCCGAGAGAAGUCUCUAACCUGUGCUAAUUCUCCGUGGUUUAAAUGAGCACAAUGAAUAUUAAUUGAGUACAGCUAGGUUCGUCCUAUGUCUAACCAGGAAAGGUGAAGAUAAAAAUCCCUUGUGCAUAUUGGAAAGUGUCUCUCUCUAUCCUGCCUCUAAAUAUUGUCCAGGGACAAAUUUCACAGUGAAUUGUUCUAGUAAACACGAUUGCAGUUCGGAUUAAAAAAAUAAAUAAAAAAAAUUAAAAUAAAAUAUAUAUAUAUAUAUAUAUAUAUAUAUAUAUAUAUAUAAUUUUUUUUAUUUUUAUUUUUUUUUAUCCAAACUACAAUCGUGUGUGUGUGUAUGUAUGUAGAUAUAUAUAUAUAUAUAUAUAUAAUCUCUCUCUCGUGUUAAGGUCUGUUAAUAUACUGUUCCAGACAAGUAGAUAUUUUUAUAAAAGCAGAACUAUAUAAUUUCUGCAUGAAAAGUACUAAAGUAGAAUCAGUCACUGUGAAACCAGAAGAAUGUGCCUAUCAAUUGCAAACACUUUGCAAUGUAUAGAGAUUUUCUCCAGAAAGUGAAAUCUUGGUAACUCGAUUAAACUAUUAAAAAAUAUAUAAUUUUUUUUAAAUGUUGUCCUUAUCUACCCUUCUUUCCUGUCUUCCUCCUUCCAUCCCAACUUGCUCUUACUGAUCCAUAUAUGACUUUCUUCUAAAUGUUGUGUGUUUAGCGUUUUCCUUUGACCACUUUUUAUGUCCUUUUAAUUACUCAUAUAAGGAAAAGUCUUCAUUUUAAUAUAAUUGCUUUAGAAGCCAUGCCAUAUGUUGCACAAUUGUCAGGGUCAUAGAAAAUAACAUGGAACAUGUAUCUGUUUUGAGGCUGCAAUGUAUGACAACAUUCGUGAGUAGAGCGAAAAAAUGAAGACCAUACAAAGGACAUAUUAGGUAUUUAUCUUUUGUGUUCCUUAAGAAGGGAUCUAAAUCGGAAUAAUCCACAUGAAUGUAUAUGCCCAUAAAAACAAGGUGAAGCUGAUCAUAAGCUGUGCUUCCAAAAAAAACAUUGGCAAAACCAAUAAACCCUCUCCUCUCCCUUUCUUGGCUUGGCUGGGAGCCCAUUAGUUAGUUUGAAUAUAAGGGUGGUAAAACCACAUUGUAACAUUAGGAACUUAAAUUCAAGAAUUGGAAUGCAUAGGGUUGUUGUUGGGCUCAAAGAAAAAGCUACAAACGUCAAUAUACUGACAAAAUUCGUUUUUUGUUUUUGUUUGUUUUGUUUUUUUGUUUUUUUUUAAAGAUUUUUUUUAUUUUUUAUUUCCAUGUAUUUAUUUAUUAUUCCUUGACAGGAUUUCCAGAUCCUGAAGUCCUCUGGUUUCACGAUGAUUCUCCAGUCCAGGAGUCCAGUCGCUUCCAGAUUGAUUAUGAAGAUACAGGAAGUUGCUCCCUUGUCAUAUCGAACGUGUCUCCAUCAGAUUCAGGAAUCUAUACAUGUCGGGCGUUGAACUCGCAUGGGGAAGCAGAGUGCUCCGCUAAACUGACUGUCCAUACCUUGCUUGCAGAACGUCAGAGGAGAACGAGCACUGACCAGGCUUUUACAACAGGCUGA